GUUUGUCCACCUUUGGUCCCCACCCUGCACUCAGCUCUCCCCUGUGGCUCCUAGAAGCUGUUGGUAUGUGACAGCAGCCACACCCUGGGAAUGGCUAUGACUGGCUAGCUAAACCAGGUGAGGGUAUCUGGUGGGUCUCAGCAUACAGUUUAACACCCCAAACUCAUAACAAUACAAUACUAAGAUUUUACUUGGUGAGUCACUUAUGGUGACUUUACUGCUUUAUUGCUUCCAGUCUCUAAUCUAGAGGUGGGAGAAGAAACUAGUACCUAAGCUUGUUUGUUUGUUUUUCUUCUGCUCUUGAAAAUAUUCUGCAAAUAAUUUUUUUAAUAAUGCACAGUACAAAUACAGAUGGCAGUAUUCUUCGCAGUUCUUUGUCAGCAGCAGACUUUGAUAUUAUUUGGGGUGUGUCUGUUUGGAAGGACAGUUUCUUAACAUGUGGCUGUCAUUUUUUCCUAACUACUAUUCAAGAAUGAUGUCCUCUCCAGCUGUGGUCAGACCAGUAUAGUAUGGUAUGUUCUUCAGAUGUAGUAUACAUGUUUGAUAUUCAAUAUGCAUGCCCACACAAGACUGAUACUUUGUCAGAUGUAGACAUAAACUGAUAUCAGUUUUUCCUUCAGUGCACUGCUUAUAAAACUUUGAUGUUGUUAAUGCCCAUCUACUGUAAGUACUUGCCUAUUUGCCUGUGCUUGAAUGUCUUUCUUUCAUGAAUUCCCUUAUCACACUCCACUGAAAAGUGUUUUUCAGCUUUUAGCAAGCAUUCAAGCUGAAGCUUUGCUCUUUCAUUAGUCAGACCAGAAAUAUGGGUGUUUUGGUCCAAGGUGGGCUCCUUCACAGCACCUCAGAAUGUUGUAAAUGAUUCCUUGAUGUUAGAGAAAGUUGGGUGGCCAUCUCUCAGGCAUGCAUUGUGUUCAGUGCAGCUGUCCGGGUUAUCUUGUGCCCUAGGCAAGGCUAAGCGCUUGCAUCCUACCUUAAAAUAAUUCUAUCUUCAAUUUUCAAAAAGAGAUACCUUGUAGGGGUGUGUGUGAAAAGCACAAAACUUGAAACUGCUAAAUUUCAUUUAAAUUGCAAUUAAAUUAUCUUUCUCAAAUGCAGAAGAAGAUGUUUUAGCACACAAAUCUUUUUGAAUAAUCUUGUCUCUAAAAAGUUUCAAUUUUAGGCACAUCAAAAUAUCACUUUGCAUGCCUUUUCCUUUGCUAAUUUGGCCACCAGUUCCUUCAGGUCAAGGGUUGAUGCUUGAGCAUGUUCAAAUGAUAUAACUGACAAACCAAGUAGUCUGUUUUGAAACAUUGUUGAGCAUAUGUAAGUUCUUAUAAGUUUGCACUUUCAGAAACUGCGGUUACCACAUGCCACUGAUACUGGAAGUGUUUAGAAGGACCCUUAGAGCAACAGAAACAUUAGGCACAUUAUCCAGGAAUUUUUGUUGUCAUAUGAAGAGAAAUACUCCUUGUGGUGGCAUAAACUUUGGAAGUCCUUGAGCUAUUGCUGUAAGUUCACAGCACAGAUCUUGAGCAUCAACAUAUUUGUUUCCAUUGUGCAUUAAGGUCCUUUCCAACUGUAUGUCAGCCUAUAUAGCUCGGUUGGUUAGAGCAUGGUGCUGAUAAUGCCAAGGUUGCAAGUUUGACCCCUGUAUGGGAGAGCUUCCUAUUCCUGCACUGCAGGGGGUUGGACUAGAUGAUCCCUUCCAACUCUAUGAUUCUUGAUAACAUUUGGUUUUGCACUCAAGCAACAGCAUUGUGUCAGUGACUUGGGCCUAGAAGAGACACGUUGUUUUCAGUUCAGUGCCAGGACUCAAGUCACGUACUACAGGUAUGAAGAAUCAAGAAUGCCUGAGUUUGUGCAGAGUAUAGGCAGGUUUUUAUUUUAAUUUUCCACCACACCUAAUUCUUAGUGUUGAGGCUCGGGAGCAGGUGAAGCAACAGCAGAGACUGAGUGCCUCAUAAAGAAACAUUUUUUAUUAAUCAGGCAUGACUCCUGGUAACUGGAGUAAUAUUGUGAUGAGUACAGAGUGAUGUAUUGAGGGGGUCAAGCACUUGUAAAAAACAGUAUGAAGCCAAACACUACAUUUCUUUCCCCUUCAGGGGUGUUUUGGGUUCUUUUCAGCACAGACUGCUGUAGUCAUUCUUUGUAUUUAUUGACUAGAUUCUUUUUAGGGGACCUACAAAAAAUUCUAUUUAAAAUAAAAAUAAACUAAUGUUGUAGUUGAAAUAGGUUAUACUGGGACUGUGAUCUUCUGUGUAUGUGAACAUCCUUUAGAAUGUCGCAGAGAGUUCAGAACGCACAAGAAGAGCAAGAUAUUAAAAAUGACACUUUUCAUGCUGGGCCAAGAUGACAAUUUUGCCUGGGAGAGAGUUGCUUUCAUUGACUCUAGUUGUAAUUCUACUGCAGAGGCUUCUUUUAAAGGAAGAUGAACUUUGUGCACAAUGAGUUAUCUGGAACAAUCUGAUGCCAUAUGACCUUCUGGGGUGAAGAGUUUACUUCAGGGGAGAUAUUGUUUUAUCCAGAUUAUGGGGUGCAUAACAACACCUCAAGCACUAUGCUAGCAGUUUUAGGUAAGCUGUCUUUCUGUAGAACGUACCAUAAUAAAUCUAAGUUAGCCAUGUCCAUUAACUUCAGUUGAUCUAAUCUGGACAAGAACUGAAUGCCACCCACACAUUUUAUCUCAUUUUCAAUUUUCCUUCAGCACCUUCUCUUGCAAUUUUGCCUCAGAAGAAGGAGAAUUUCCUCUACCCCCAAAUUCUUUUGAUUUCUUGCCAUUUUUACUCAGCAUACAAAAAGAUUCUGAUGCUGGCAUUAGUCCAAGCAAAAGGGGGGUGGAAUAGCAAAGGGCAGGGUAGGCUGUGGCACCAAGGCCCACUGGUGGGUCAUGUGCCCCACUGUUUCAGAAGCACAGCUGUAGCAUCAUUCAAAUGGAUUUAGAAGAAAAUGAUAUAUUCCCCCUCCCCUGAAAUGUGUGACACAGGUAAAAUGUAGAAGAGUAUUCUUAUCUUAUUAUUUUUAUUUAUUUAAUAUACUGCCUUUCAUCAGAAGAUCUCAAGGUGGUUCACAGAAUAAAAUACAGGGUAAAACACAAGUAAAUAAUGAAACCAAAACAACAAAACAAUAACGCCUCCCCCUUCCCACAGACACACUUAAAAGGCUGUAGAGUAUUAAUCAGCCCAAGGCCUGGUUGAAAAGUAGUCACUGGAGGCUUAAUACUUGUUUUACUCUUGUGGUGUCAUUGCUGCCACCAUGCCAAAUUGUUGUGAUGCAAAGCCUCUUAGGGAGCUGUGUGUGAUAUGAUUUAAGCUGUAGUGUGUAAGCAGCAAAAGUCACAUGAUGCAGGGGUACUUUAUGUGUUUUUCCUGUGGGCCGAGCUUUCAUAAGGAGUCACCUACUUCAGCGUUUGUAUGAAAUGGAUUUGUGUUGCUCUGGGAAAUGCCUGAGACAAACCGUUGAAGUAGAUUCAGAAGAAAGCAUGUCGAAGGAUGAACCAAGUUAAAAAGACAAGAAUGAAAGAUAAUGGGUGGCAUCUUGUUCUGAAACUCUAAUGCUUUCCCCCUGACAUUAAGAGGUGUCCUUGACAUUGGGUGGGAGUACAUGGAACAGUUUUAAUCUGUGAUACAGCAGUAGCUCUGUGCAAAUGGUUGAUCCAACAUGCGUAAAAGGGAUUGGGAUUUGAUCGCUUUACCCAAUUUCUCUCUACCACACCCUCAAAGUCUAUGACUGGCAGUCAAAUUUGCAUAGGUACCUUCACGCAUAAAACCCAACAGGGAUGGCUCUUGCUGCAACAUCCAGACACUUAAUUAAUGGCACCUGCUUGUAUUCAGCUGCAUGUUCAGACUCUGAAGCUGCAAUCUAUGCCCAUUUAAAUGGAUGUAAACCCAGCUGAACACUGUGAAUAUAUGCACAUGGCUGUGCUACCAAGUCCAUUCCUAUACAGUCGUACCUUGGUUCUCAAACAGAAUGAAUUCUGGGAGUCCGUUCGACUCCUGAAACUGUUCAAAAAUCAAGGCGUGGCUUCCAAGUUGCUGCAGGAGCAUCCUGCAGCCAAUCGGAAGCCACACAAGGCUUCCAAAAAUCAUUCGAAAACUGGAACACUCACUUCUGGGUUUUGAUCAUUUGGAAGCCGAUUUGUUCAGGAGCCAAGGCAUUUGGGAUCCAAGGUACGACUGUAUGUUAUUUAUACAACACAGCAUAAGUACAGAGAAUUAGGCCAUUGGUGGGUGACUGGGGGAAUCUUUGUAUGCAUUACCAGUCAGUCUUGUAAUUUAUUCUUGCGUAAUGCCAUUAGUCAUGGUGGCUAUACAGUGGUACCUUGGGUUUCAAACACCUCGGGUUACAAACACUUUGGGUUACAGACUCCACUAACCCAGAAGUAGUACCUUGGGUUAAGAAAUUUACCUCAGGAUAAGAACAGAAAUUGCACGGCGGUGGCGUGGUGGCAGCAGGAGGCCCCAUUAGCUAAAGGGGUACCUCAGGUUAAGAACAGUUUCAGGUUAAGAAUGGACGUCCGGAACGAAUUAAUUUCUUAACCAGAGGUACCACUGUAUGCUACUUCCAGAAUCAACAGAGGCAGUUCUCUGAACACUACCCACUGGAGAACAGCAGUGAGAGAGGGUGAUUACUCUCAAAUUCAGCUCUCAAAUUCAGUCUUCCCGUGGAUAUCCAGUAAUCUAUGGUGGCAAAUAGAAGGUGCUGUCUCUGACCCCUGCUGUUUCCCUCAGCAAGUUGCAGGGUGACCAUUUGCUGUGGGUUGGGGAAUGCUGCCCUAACUGUGUAGGUUCCCCACACAAAGAGGAGCUCUGGGAAAUCAGGAUUAUAUGUGGUGAGGGAAGGCCCCGUGAAUAGGAAAAGGCCACAACUUGUAGCAGGUGAGGGAGGGGCCAAAGCUUAAGGUAUUCACUUCUACUCCCAUGUUCUACUAUUGUGAGUCCAAGUGGAGCAGCUGUUGCUGUCCGAUGAGGAAGUUGAGAAGCAGAGCAUGGAAGGCACCACAUGUGGGGAGCAGGCUGAGAGGGAGGAUGUGGCCUCCUGUGCAUUUAGAUGUUGGGAAAAUGUAGGCAGUCCUACAUUAGCUGCCUAUCCUGCUCUAGCCAUGGAGCAGCAAGAUUCCCUAGCAAUGGACGAGGGUUUUAACCUGCCAGGAGGGGAGUCUGGGCAGCUGGAGCAACAGCUUGGGGGACUGACCUCCAUCCCAUCAUUGAAAACUCAGGGCUGCCUCUGCUAUUGGUAACAGAUACAUGCUCUUCAUAGAAGCUUGUUCCUCCAAGUGUGUCAGCCUCACAGGGAGAGCACGCCACAGCUGAACUCAAAAUCUGACAGGGACGUGUGACCAUUUGUUGGAACAUCUUUGCAGCUUUCAUCUAGUUUUAGAUCCCUGAUGCUGAUCUUAAAUUCUCUAGCUGUGCUUUUGGGAAUCUGUACCCAUAGCCUGACCUGUGCCAUUGUAAGCCUUAAAUAACGCUUUCCUCCUUACUCUCAUGUAAGAACCUCUGUUGUUGCAUUUGGGCCACUUACUCAUGAGUUGAACUCCUGAAUAGGGUUUAUAUCCCAUGGAAAUAUAUUUCACAAUGGGAGUCAUUCACUUACUGGGCAUCCCAGAUGAAAUAUAUUAAAAGAGCUUUGGUACAACCUUUUUCCACUAAGCCACAACUUUGGUUUCCACUGAUAUUUGCUUAGGAUGGCAACCUUAAAAAUACUGUAUAUUCAUUUUCUCAUUUGGUGUUAUUCUGUUAAAAUAUGUUUGGUUAAUUUAGGGUAAGGGGAAAACAGUAGUACCAAUGAAAUUCUCAAUUUAGUUUUCAACAAUUAUCAUUUAAGCUCAUUCUUACAAAGACAUCAUUUUUGAAUCUCAAAAAUAUUGGAUGCUUAAGCUGAUUAAAAGUGUGGAUUUUGCUUGCUUUUAGUUUGGUGGCCACGAAGGAAACAGACAGUGCAAGAUCACGCAGCAUGCCAAUGUCUCCAUCAGAUUUCCUGGAUAAAUUAAUGGGUAGGAUGUCUGGCUACGAUGCAAGAAUAAGACCGAACUUCAAAGGUAAUGUCAUCUCCCAGGUGUCCAUUUGGGUUAUAAUGUUGCUUGAAUUGUUUUAGAAGCAAGAAAAAUGUUUGGCUCAUAAUUGAGAAUAUGGUUUUGAUCAUUCACACUUCAGCAAUCUUUUCUUUUUUAAAACAACUACAUGUUCUUCUGCUGGUUCAAACUUCUAGAGCAAUGCCCACCAUUCCUAAAGGAGGGAGACGAGAAUUCCUGGAGAACAGGCGAAGUCCCGGCAGACUGGAGGAGGGCAAAUGUUGUCCCUAUUUUCAAAAAGGGGAAAAGAGAGGACCCAAAUAAUUACCGCCCAGUCAGUCUGACAUCAAUACCAGGGAAGAUUCUGGAGCAGAUCAUUAAGCAAACAGUCUGUGAGCACCUAGAAAGGAAUGCUGUGAUCACCAAUAGUCAGCAUGGAUUUCUGAAAAAUAAGUCAUGUCAGACUAACCUGACCUCGUUUUUUGACAGAAUUACAAGCCUGGUAGAUGAAGGGAACGCAGUGGAUGUAGCCUACCUUGAUUUCAGCAAGGCAUUUGACAAGGUGCCCCAUGAUAUUCUUGUAAAGAAGCUGGUAAAAUGCGGUCUUGACUAUGCUACCACUCAGUGGAUUUGUAACUGGCUGACUGACCGAACCCAAAGGGUGCUCAUCAAUGGUUCCUCUUCAUCCUGGAGAAGAGUGACUAGUGGGGUGCCACAGGGUUCUGUCUUGGGCCCGGUCUUAUUCAACAUCUUUAUCAACGACUUGGAUGAUGGACUCAAGGGCAUCCUGAUCAAAUUUGCAGAUGACACCAAACUGGGAGGGGUGGCUAACACCCCAGAGGACAGGAUCACACUUCAAAACAACCUUGACAGAUUAGAGAACUGGGCAAAAACAAACAAGAUGAAUUUUAACAGGGAGAAAUGUAAAGUAUUUCACUUGGGCAAAAAGAAAUGAGAGGCACAAAUACAAGAUGGGUGACACCUGGCUUGAGAGCAGUACAUGUGAAAAGGAUCUAGGAGUCUUGGUUGACCACAAACUUGACAUGAGCCAACAGUGUGACGCGGCAGCUAAAAAGCCAAUGCAAUUCUGGGCCUCAUCAAUAGGAGUAUAGCAUCUAGAUCAAGGGAAGUAAUAGUGCCACUGUAUUCUGCUCUGGUCAGACCUCACCUGGAGUACUGUAUCCAGUUCUGGGCACCACAGUUCAAGAAGGACACUGACAAACUGGAACGUGUCCAGAGGAGACGUUCAAAAUGGUCAAAGGCCUGGAAACGAUGCCUUAUGAGGAACGGCUAAGGGAGCUGGGCAUGUUUAGCCUGGAGAAGAGGAGGUUAAGGGGUGAUAUGAUAGCCAUGUUCAAAUAUAUAAAAGGAUGUCACAUAGAGGAGGGAGAAAGGUUGUUUUCUGCUGCUCCAGAGAAGUGGACACGGAGCAAUGGAUCCAAACUACAAGAAAGAAGAUUGCACCUAAACAUUAGGAAGAACUUCCUGACAGUAAGAGCUGUUCGACAGUGGAAUUUGCUGCCAAGGAGUGUGGUGGAGUCUCCUUCUUUGGAGGUCUUUAAGCAGAGGCUUGACAACCAUAUGUCAGGAGUGCUCUGAUGGUGUUUCCUGCUUGGCAGGGGGUUGGACUCGAUGGCCCUUGUGGUCUCUUCCAACUCUAUUAUUCUAUGAUUCUAUGAUUCUACGACCACAUGGGUUUCAGAUGGCUCAGCCAUAGCUGAUCCUGGCUCUGUCCUUGUAUUGGAAUCUUUUUCAAUAGUGAUGUGUAUGAAUAAGUCAAUUGUGUGGGUCUUUCACACACAAUAAUCACCUAAUUGGGAAAGACACACACAGUUUGUCCUGCUCACAUGAUUCCAGUAUUCGUGUCCAGUAUUUGUGUUCAUACCACCCCAGUGGAGGACUGCAUCAUGCAAUUAUAUGUGGGUGGAAAAUAUGAAACCCUAUGACCCAUGUGUAUGGAUUGGCUGGGUGCCUGGAUUCAAAAUGCAGGAGAGAGCCUUCAGUAGCAAAGUUUAAACUCAGAAUAAUGUGGGAAUGUAGGUUGCUAGACCAUAUUAUCCCAUUUGCUUGCAUACGGUGCUCCCCUCUUCCUAGAUAUUCUCUUUCACACAAAAUGGUUUCCAUCGGGAGGUUUAUUUAAAUCAUUCCCCAUGGUGACUUGGACCACAUAGUAAGCUAUCAGUGUUCUCAAUGUCCUCGAAACCUUAAACCCAAACAUGUGCAGAGGAGCAGCCUGAAUUCCUUCAUCUGCAUAGCAACUCAGCGAACCACUUCACGCAAACAGCUUCCUAGCCAUAGGGAACCAUUUAAUUCUGCCUCCAUGGGCAGCUGUUCCAUAUGUGCUGAGCCUUGUGUGCUUGGGUUUUUUGCUUGGUGAGAGAAAAAAGAAGGUUGCUAUAUAAGUGAACUUGCACAGUUACAUAAGAUAUGCACUUCUAAUAUUACUUUCCUGAUGUUGUGCUGGUAUCAUCUUCCUAAUUACUCUCUCUCCCCCACUGCCACUGCUUUGCAGCCGAAGCUGUUCUCGUUUACUUACCAUAGUUAUUCCCAUUAGCACAUAAACUUCAAGUUCAAUCUACCUUAGCUACGCUGCACAGAAGAUGACUUCAGGCAAAUAAUAGGAGCCAUCCAAUCUCUUUCCACUUUUUAUUGGAAUCUUUUAAAGAUCUCCAGGGGAAAGCAUUAGUAGAAAGCUGAAGGCAUGGAGGGUCAUUUGGAGAUUGGAUAGUGGAGCUUAUUAUAGACAGCAGGAGGUCAUGCCAACUGUGGAAUAGGGCAGAUGUUGAGCACGUAGUGAAUUCUUCUGCAACAUGUAUUCUAAAUAUCAAAAGCCUUAUUUUGUAAUUGCUGGAAUACAGAAGGGACACAAGUCUAAUUUGGCAUUUUUCUCUUUCUUAAAAGCGUACUUUGCAAAAAAAUAAAAUAAAUCUGAACUAUUAUGCGGUAGUUAGUUUUAAUGUUUUUAAGUCCUGUCCUUCUGCCACAGAGUGGCUUAACAGAAACAUAAAACUGAAACAAUCAUGCUAUAAAAAUAUCAAUAAAAUCGCAAGAUUGCAAUUAAAAUACUAAAGCACUAAGUAAUAUCUGUAAAAUCAUAGCCCAGAAACAAUACAAUUCAUGUUCCAAAAGCAAAGAUAAACAGGAAGAUGUCAGUUGCAGGAAUACCUGCAAGGAGAGGUUCAGACAUAUUGUUCAGAUAAGCAUCCUCUUUGCUGAGUUUUUGGUUUGUGUGUGUUUCUAUACUGUGGGAGAAAAUAUUGCCAAAUAGAAUUUCGUAUUAUUUUGGACUCUGCACCUAAAGCCAACCAAUGACUUAGCAUGAAUGCUCAAAUGUCCUGGCUCCUGAGGCAGCCACAUUGCUUCUCGCCAGGAAUAGGAAGAAUUUCAAUUCAGUUAUAAUUUAAAGGUGAACCUACCUAAUUCACACUUUUUUAAACAAGGCACAACACCCCUUGAACUUCACACUAUUCCAAAUUCCACAGUGCUGUUUUCCAGCCAGGUAGCAUGUAUAAGAAUGCAUAUACUAGGGUAAAGUGUGCAUAAAAAUGCAGAUAUUAAUGAAAACAUGGUACAAAAAUGCAUUCUGUUAAGAGAAACUGCAUUGAAAAAUGUGUAUAUAAGGAAAACUGCAGACAAAAAUGUGUAUAUUAGGAGAAAAUCACACUAAAAGGCUGAAUUAUCAUGAAGGGGUUUGUUUCUUCCCCCAAAAUUCUGCAAAAUGAUGUGGAAAUGUGGAAAACAACAUAUGUGGGGAAAACGAGAAACUAAGGGCUUACCCAUAUCUCUGUGUGCCCCACUGUUUUCACUGUGGGGAGACCAGCAGUUUAGUGCUAAAUUGGAACAAACAGCAAUUGGCUUUUCCAUGGAUGGCCGUUGGUUCUGACUUAGGGCUAAAGAGUGUGUUUUCUGGGGGAAAGUGGUGGGCAAAACCUCUUGGAACCAUGCCUAGAAAAGUACAGGACUAGCAAAAAACUGCUCAGAUCUGUGCUUUCUAGGCACAGGAAAAGAAAGAGUGUGGAUGAGGCCUGAUAGAAACCAAAAUUGGCAGAAUUUCACAUUCCUUCUCCUCCCCGGGCUUUUUAGCUCAGUAUGGCGCAUCAACUAUUCCAAAGUUUGGAUUAGGAUGUAAUCUGAACUUGAGGUUGCAGUUAAGGUCUCUCCUCCUUACAAACUGUAUGCUCACAAACUGUAAGCAUGGAACAAACCUUGGCUAUAGGUCAUGGUUAAGGUGGAGAGACCUUAGCUGUGAUUACUGGUUUGAAAGACUCAUAAUGAGCUAAGAACAGCCAAUGGCCCAUCUGGUCCAGCAUAUUGUCCUCACAGCGGCCAACCGUGUGGGAAAUGAGGAGGGCAGAACAGGAGCACAAGAGCACUCUGCCCUCCUGUGGUUCCCAGCAACUGGUAUUCAGCAGCAUUGCUGCCUCCAACUGUGGAGGUGGCGCAUAGCCAUCAUGGCUUGUAGCCAUUGAUAGCUCUCUCUCUCUCCUCCAUGAAUUUGUCUAAUCCUCUUUCAAAACCAUCUAAAUCAGUGGCCAUCACUGCCUCCUGGAGACCAAGUUGCAUAGUUUGACUGUGCACUGCAUGAAGUAGAGGUUUCUUUUAUCCAUCCUAAAUCUUCUACACACUCUGCCACACUUCACUUAGCUUAAAAAAACCCACAGAGGGGCAUAGUAGGUGCAAAUUGUUCUCUGGGACUUCUCACAUUCAAGUGGUCAUGGUAAACCAUAGCCUAAUGCAAAAUCAUUUAAAAAGCAAACUCUAUUGUAGAGUAUAAUUGGUGCUUGAUAGACACCAUUCCAUCAGCUUUACAUCUGAAAAAGCUUUGCCAUGUAUGGACUGCAUACUUUGGAGAGGGGGUAUGGAGGUUCUUUCUAGGAUGCUUCAAGCACUUUCUGGCAGGCAAAUUAUUAUUUCAAUUAUUGAUUGUCAAGCACAUUGUUUUCUUACUACUGGCUUCUGUGCAGGAAAGCAUUAACAGUGACACAACCGCUUAUCCCUUAUGACAGUCUAGCUCAUUAUAAAUAAAUCAAAAAAACUUUUGUUUUUUAGCCUGUAGCAAAAUGGUGGCAAAGCAUCAUUGUAAUCUUCCAGUGAUUCAAUUGCUUUAUGCAUUCAGACACAACACUAUAGUUCUUCAUAGUGGUUUUUAAUGGUUGUUUUCUACCUUGCAUGUUAAUUAUUAUUGUUAUCCAAGAAGGACCUUAGAUUUAGUUUAAUUUUCCUGGAAUUAGAUAUGAAUGGAAAUUAUUAAAAUGCACUAAUAUCCUCCUUUUGUUAUAACUACUUUGGAUAAUAUAUAAUUAUUCCCAUUUUACAGAUGUGUAUCUAAGUCUGGGAUAUCCAAGUCCACUUGGUAGUUGAUGGUGGGAGAGGAAUUCAAACAUUCUAGGUUAACAUUCAGUAGACUAAUACAAGUUGCCCCUCAUGAUUAAAAUUCAAGUUAAACUAUCCAAACAUUUAUUCCCUGAAUAACAGACAGAAACUUAGAUAUGUUGCAGAGCAGGAGAAAGAGAGAGAGAGAGAGAGAGAGAGAGAGAGAGAGAGAGAAACAUUGGCUGCAUUCACAUGACAGUUUAUUAUAUUUCCCAUUUAUGAAUUUCACCUUUAGCCCCACAAGUGCACCCAGUGCAUGUUAGAAGAAAAGAGGGAAAGUACAACAAAACUGGCCUGUUACUAUAUAUAUAAAAGAGAGGAGGCUACACCAACUACAGUGCCAAUAACCAAGUACUAAUGAGUCUCAAAAGACACCUUAUUUGAUUUUUUUUAAAAAGGAGAUCACAUAUGUACACUAUACAAAAGAAUAUAAGCCUCACCACCCCACCCCUCCUUCCCCCCCCCUUCUUCCCCAACCUUAUACAGUGGUACCUCGGGUUACAUACGCUUCAGGUUACAUACGCUUCAGGUUACAGACUCCGCUAAAGGAGAAAUAGUUCUUCAGGUUAAGAACUUUGCUUCAGGAUGAGAACAGAAAUCGUGCUCCGGCGGUGCGGCGGCAGCAGGAGGCCCCAUUAGCUAAAGUGGUGCUCCAGGUUAAGAACAGUUUCAGGUUAAGUACGGACCUCCGGAACAAAUUAAGUACUUAACCCGAGGUACCACUGUACUGUACUUAACACUAAUGUCUCACAACAAAUGUAACUGAUUUGUAAGAACGACUGCAUAACCUGAAAAAAGGGACAGGGCAUGUACUUUCAUAAACCAAGAAAAUAUUUAAUAAGAAUAAUUUUUUAAAAAGGAGAUCAUUACUUCUGCAAAAAGCACUUUUCCUGUCAGAAGAAUAAUCCAUUAUUUCUUACAUCAGCCAUACAAAAGCUGCAUUUCAGACAUAACAAGCACUGAUUGAAUGAUUUUAUUCCGAAAUUUAAUCCCUUUAUGCAACAAUUCUGAAUUGCUCCAUCUCUUCAGCAGUGCAGUGUGAAUGCACUCCUGAGUGUUGGGUUUGAGGGGCAUCUCAUCCUCGCAGUACCCACAUGAAGGAAGGGCAUGUCUGUGAGCAGAACCACGUGUGUUUAUUAUUAGUAAUAAUAAUUAAUCACUUUACUAACAGAAAUGGCUCAAACAGUGCUUUUUUAAAAGAAAAAAAGGUGCUGGUACUCACCAUGAAGUUGUUACAGUAAAUGACACACUUUUAACAUUGGGGGAGAGGGGAGAAGGUGCCAGUACUUGAGUAUCCCCAGAAAAAAAUCACUGGACUCAAAGCAACAGUUCUCCUAGUUCAGGGAUGGAAAACCUCUAGCGAUCCAGUGCCCAGUUAUCCGUUGGCCAUUGACCAUGCUGGCUGGGUCUCAUUUAUUUAUUUAGUUAGAAGAUUCCAUGCCCACGCUUUGCCGCAAGGUCCCAGAGCAGGAUAGAACAACGGAGUGCACAUGGAUAGAAACCAUUACAACUAUCAAACCAAUCCCAAUGGAACAAAAGAGUACAAAUUCAGCAAAUACCUUAGCUGUCAAGGCUGUGGUAAAGAGGUGCAUCUUCAGCACAUGGCUAAAGGAACGCAGUAAAGUUGCUAGGCACCCCUCUGUGAGCACCAGAGUCCAACAAUGCCUGGAGGUCCACAGGUUCCCCAUCCUCACUAGUGGAUCUCCCAGCAAAGAAUAGAAAAAUCCAGUGAUAUACAUUCAAAUGCAUGUGAAACAAAGGGCUACACAACCAGUGUUCAGAAUGGGGUGUGGGGGUUUUGUGUGUGUUUUUUGGACCUCUGCAAAUGUUGGAUGUUGAGGCAGGAAACAUGUCUAGACUGCCUUUGACAGAUACCUGAGGGAGUGUGUCCCUUUUCUUCUACUUGACAACCCUGUCUAACUUGUCAGGGCAGUAAAAUGUGAUUUGAUUUAACUUAAAGGAAUAGAUCUGUUGAAACAGUGUCACUUUCAGUCAUUGCACCGAAAGGCUGCAGUGUACAUUGUUCCACUGAAAGUGACAAGCAUACUGCCCAUUAUUAUAGGACUCAUAGCAGGCACUUAGCUGAUCGUUCUGAUCAGCUACCAACUGGUAGCACCAGCUGGAUUGCUUUUUCUCCUCCAAAGGUAAACGAUUUUAGCAUCCAGUUUAAAUUAAAUUUGUGCAACUGUGCAAUAGGUGUUGGAAUAAUGGUAUUCCACGCGUGCAUUGGAGCAUUUAAUCACCUUCCUUCUGGCAACAACCUUUUCUUCUUCCCACUCACAAAUUGGGGGGGGGCAGCAGAAUGAGAUGCUUGAAAACCAAAAGGACAAAGAUUGUGACACCACCAUGCAUGUAAGCAGAGCCAAGGAUUUUAGGAGCCAGAUUAAUUCUACUCUCCGCCUGUCCUGCCCCAAAAUUUCCCGAAGCUGAUAUGAAUUCUGGGAGGGAAAGUUUGAUUGCUAGUAUCUGCUACAUGACUGUAUUUGGGGAAACUCUAAUGCACAGAAAUAGAGUUAAACCUUUGUGUGAUCCCUGCAUUGCACAACAUGACCCUUUGGACUCUUUCCAAAUCUACAAUUCUGUGAUUCUGUCAGCACAACAUGGUCCCAGUCCUGCUGUUGAGUCAGACUGUUGGCUCAACUAGUUCAUUCUUGCCCAUACUGACAGCAGCUGUCCUUGAACUCCAUUCAGGAGCCCUUUUCAGCUUCUCAGAGAUACCAGUGACCGAACCUGGGACUUUCUGCAUCUACUCACCCACAUGCCUUUUCUCCAAACAUCUGGCCUUCAGAUGAACUUUGCGUACGCUCUCAAGGUCUCUGGAUGGCAGCCUAUUGUGGAUUACAGAAAAAAAGAUGUUGUGGAACAAUCUCCACUCCAGUUCUGCAAGGGAAUGAAAGUAAGCCCAUCCUAUCCCAUUUGUCUGUGGCGUUUUAAGGGGAAAUUCUUUAAAAUGCACAUAGAAAUGGAAAGGUACUCAAAGAAAAGGAUAUAUGAAAGGUGGUCUUAGGGCUGCAGUACUACCUCCAUUUCUCUUAGCUCAUGCAUAGAAAAGCUCAUGCAUGGGGCCAAUUUCUGCCCUCCAAGCCUGCCCCUCAGAGGCCACACAUUCUCUCAAGUAAUGAUCCUUACCCCACCGCAACCCCUGCUUUGCCUUCUCCUGACAAUGUCUCUUUCUUGCUUGGAUGGUGGUCAGAGUGGGUGGGUGUGUAGAAACUAGCGUAUGUGCAAAGAUAAGCAUCACCUUCAUUGUUCUGUCUCCUUUUGCCAUGGCAUGUGGUCCCCCAAAAGGUUGUCCAGAAGAGAAUGUGGACCUUGGGAUAAAAAAAGGUUUGCCAUCCCUGGUUUAGCAGCCACAGGUUUUGACUUGUUUGUUUGGUGUGAGCUGUAAUUUCUCCUCAUUUUGAUUUCAUUUACAGGGCCUCCGGUAAAUGUGACAUGCAACAUCUUUAUAAACAGUUUUGGAUCCAUUGCAGAAACAACCAUGGUAAGAUGUUCUUUAUCACAAACAAUUACAUUUCAAAUUAUUUAGACUGCAAUCACGUGCACACUAACCUGGAAGUAAGUCCUGCAGAUCUUACUAGCACUUACCUUUGAAUGUACUUGCAUGCAAUCCUGAUCAGUGUUCUUUAAUUGGCAGGUGGAGCCUUCUAAAAUGAAACACACUCCAUUUGUGGUUAAUCACUUGAGUGCUGAACAGGGCAUAUGCUUCCAUGUACUUGCAGAGUUCCUGCAUAAGCAUCUCCAUUCCUUCCACUGAAAAGGGCAGCUUCAUGUCUGCAUCCCUUUGCCAAGUAUGAAGGAUUAUUCUUCAUGUCAGACAUUCAAGAAAAUUUGUAUUACAAUUCCAGAACUUUGUAUUAAAAUCUAACUUCUAAAUGUGAAGGAUUGAUUUGGCUGUUGAAUGCCUUUGAAAGAAACAAACCUAUCUGGGUUUGUUUAUUUUAAAUGAAUGAUCUUUUACUUCUUUUCUGCUCUUAUGUGACCUGGUGCUCUUUUCAUCCCUUGUUUUCUACUCUGCCCUUAUUUAAUUUUCCUUCACCUUACUGCUAGGGAUGGAAGGAUCUGCCAGUUUCAGUCAUCUCAUUUUGCCAAUCUUAAAUUCAAUUCUCAGUGUUUCUGCAGCAAUUUACAAAACAAAAAAAAAAAAUCCUCACGAAAAUUCAGAGUGGAUUUCUCCUAAUAAACACAUUUUGUAUGUAGUUUUGACUAACACAUACAUUCUUGCAAGCAAUUUCUCUUACAUAAUGAAUUUUUUGUGUUACUUCCACUACUGUAUUUGUUUUUAUGUACGUUUUUAUAAACAUUGUUUGGAGAAUUGCAUUGCAACAUUCAAAGAAGGGUGAAUGUGAAUGAAAUAUUCAAUCCAUUUCAUCUUUCAAGCCUAAUUUAUCAUAUUUGCACAUUAUGAAACAAUAUGAGAACAUUCACACUUAUCUGAAUGGAAAUGAAAGAUCUACAUGUGCAGAGCUGGUCUUUACGUUGAAGUGAAUGGAUAAGUCCUUGCAUAAGAAUCCUAUCAGAACAAGGUACCACUGAAGUGGAGCAACUGAGUGGAACUAUAUUGUGGACAAAGUGGGGAAGGUCCUAGGGAAGAGAGGAAGAUGCACAGAUAUAUACAGAAGUGUUGUAUCCUGAUCAUACUGACUCCAUAGUUUCUCAGUCUUUGGCAGACCCUCCUCACACACAUUGAGAUCUUUUCAUUCCAUGGUAAGAGUCAGAAACUCACUCAUCUAAAAUGAAAGCUGCAAUUAGGUGGGUACAUGCAAUACAUAUUCAUCUCUAGGGCCUUGGCUGCAGUCAAUUAUAAAUUAUUGCAUAGGGUUUUUUUAUUUUUCACUUCUCAUAGUACAUCAUUUUCAGAACUCCCUAGUAAACUGCUGCUCUGAAUGUAGAGGAAUGCCAGGGCUCUGUAAUAGUUCACUUCUAAAUUAUGCAUUGAUGCAGCUCAAAGGAGGACUUUCUUGCGGUCAGCAAUUGUCAAAUUCUGUCAGAAUCAAAGCCAUCAUUUUGAGAAUAUGAGCAUGUUUAAAACACACAUAGCUCUAUUUGUGACCUCUCUCUUGGUUUAGCAUCUAUAUUCUUUAACUUCACUGUACCGAACAAGAAAAGCUCUUUAAAAUUAAAGUAGGGAUGUUAUGUACCUUAGUUACAGGUUAACAUCUGAUACUUCAAUAUAGCUUGGGAAUAUUUUGAUGCUGUUUUCUUGAACAAUUGGGUCACCUUUCAGAUAUUGUUUUAUUUUAUCCAUGCCACUAUUACAUUUCACUUACUGUUUUGGGUGAAGGAGAAGUUUUAAUUAAAUCACUAUCUAAAUAGUUUUCUGAAAAAAGCUUAGAAUUUAGGGGUGCAACAUUCCCCCUACAUUUUACUAUGUUCUAAGUGCACAGCAGACAAAGAUAUGAAGUGUAUGUUCUAUAUUCUGAACUAUCUAUGUUAUUUAACAUGCAUACCUCCUUCUCAAAUGUGCAUUAAUGAUAUUUCACAGGAAUCGAAGAAAUACUUUUAAAGUCCAUUUUAUUUUAAUGUAGCUUACUCUAAUAUAUGUAGACCAAAAUCUGUUAUUUCGCUGGCUUGGUCAUAAGAAAACAACCAACAGCUGAGUAAAUUCAAAACAAGGGUGUGUGUGUGUGUGUGUGUGUGUGUGUGAGUGUGAUGGUUGCUUUUAAAAAGUUAGAGAUCUUCAACAAGAAUGUCAUGCAAGCUACAUCUGAUGAAAUUCCCUCUUCUCUACAACUAAUAAUGACACAGGAGCUUUAUCCUCUUUUGCAUCAUACCCUGUCUAUAACUCUUUAAACUGUAAUGGAAACAUAGGAAACUGCCUUAUGAAGAUUCAGACCAUUGGUCCAUCUAUUUCAGCAUCAUCUACAGUGAACAGUAGUAACUCUCCAGGGUUUCAGACAGAGCUUUCUCCUAGUCCUACCUAGAAAUGCUGUUGAUUGGGUAGGUGAUCUGCAUUUAAAGAAGAUGCUCUACCACCAAGACAUGGCCCUUCCCAAAUGGCUCACGCUUGAUUCUGUUACAUUAAGUGAAAAAGGGAAGGUGAAUGUGAAGGGAAAUUUCUAAACACAACAGAAAUGUGCUUGGUCAGUUAUAGUUUCUAAGCAUAGAUCACCUCAUGCCCAGUUGUCUCCCAUUUAUCAAAGAAUGCUAGAAGCUAAUGUAGAAAACAUAGUAACGGAGCAAAUGAAGGAGAGGAAAUGUACAUGCAAAAUAAAUUCUUUAAAUUAAAUUUUAGGAUGGUGACAGUAUCCAAGUAGGCUGAGCUUUAUUAAGUUACCACCCACCCACCCCCCGCCUGCAUAUGGUACUACUACUUCAUAUACUCCAAGAGAGGAUGGGACUGCUUUGCCUCUUCAGCUGGUCUCUCCUUUCCAUCAAACUUGGAAUAAAAAUGCAAGAGCUGGUGGUCACAGCUGCAUUCCUCCCCCUUGCUUGUGGGGAGGGGUUACAGAGGCAUCCUGAAUUGUAGCCUGAUAGCACUGUUUGCCUGUCACCAGCCAAGAGUACUAAUGAAUGAGAGCAGAAGGUGGCUAGCCUAUAGCCACUGGGUGACAUUUUUGGACUCCAGGUCCCAUCAGCCCCAGCCACCAUGGCCAGAAAUCAGGGACAAUGGGAGUUGCAGGUCUAACACCCCCUGUAGGAACACAAUUUUCCUACCCAUGAACUAGGCAGCUCAGAACACUGUACAAAAAAGAAAAGUGGGGGGAAUCAAAUACAAAGGCACCAUUCUAUGUAACCACACACUUGCCACAUCACCAUGCUUGCCUAAUGGCCAAACUGCACAUAGAGGAUUUCAAGGAACGUCCAGGCAGCCCAAAAUUAUCACCUACCUAUAAUUUUAGACCCCUUCAGUGGGUUUGCCCUCCUGGAAUCAAGUUAGUUGGGAGAGUUAACCAUUCCUGAAGUAUCCCCACCCAUUUGUGGAAACUACAAUCAGGGCCUUAAAAUGCUUUAAAGAUGUUACCAUCUUAGGAAGUUCUUUCAAACAGGAUCUUACCUGGAAGCCUCUCAUCAGCUUCUUAGAGAAUUCUUGGGUCUGGCAUCCAUCUGUCCCAGGAUACUAUGGAGAAAUGCGCCUUUGGGGGUGAAGUCAUACUGUUAGAAGUCUGCAACACCUGCUGUGGCUGUAGAGACAGAUAUGAGAGAGACAUAUAUACACUAAUAAUGUUUGUGCUAUAUGGUUCUUUGUACGUCUUGCUGGGAUGUAUGUUUUGAAACUGUAAUGAUUUUUUUGCCUAUUUUAUUGUAGACUCCUCUUCUCGUUAUCAAUAUAUUGUGCCCUUCGGCAUUUUUCGUGGUUGUUACAUGUCACAUUGGGUUAGAAGGAGAGGAGGCAGGAACCUCCCAUUCUUCAGGAAGUCUUUCUUUAGAUCCUGCCAGUGACCCUUGCCAUAGUUCUGCGACGAUCUCCCGAAAUGUGAGAGAUUGUGCCUCGUUGUUUUUAAGCUGCUUAACAGAAUACUACAGCACUUCUGAAAUAAGCAGCAGAUCCUAAGAGACUAGUAAAUGUGCCACUGUUUCAUUGACACUUGGAAAGGGAUCGAACAGCAAGCGACUUUAAUGGAGCCAAUUAUCUGUGUAAAGGAACCAUGUCUCUUGCUUAGUCCUGCCAAGCUUUUCCUCACAGGCAUUUCAAGGCUGGCUGCUAAUAAGCACAUUGACUGGACCAGGAACAGGAAGUGACUGAUCUGACUUGCAUGCUGAAGCUGGCACUAGAUCUGCUCUUUUGUGUGAGGCUGUCUAGUUGUCUUAUUCUUAGAAAACUCAGGUCAAAGAGGCUAUUAAUCUCAUAAUCAUAGAGAGAGUCAGCCUUGGAAACACAUUAUUCACAUUUUGAAGAAGAACUAGGAAAUUAGGCUUGCAUGCUAACUCACUUCUGGCAGGUUCCAUGUACCUUGCUGUGUGACAAAUAAAAACUCAACAAGUGGAACUUUCACUCCCAGUGUUUCAUACUGAGAAAAUAGACUUAAAGACACAGGGAGAUGAUUGCCAGCAGUGCCUAGCCUGAACAGCAAAAAUGACAAUUAUUGUUUGGAUGUGACAACCUCAGCUGUCCCAACUCCAAAGCUGCUAGCCCAGCUGGCCUCCAGAAAACUCCCAAAAUUCAUGAGAAGCAAGUGUGUAGCUUUGCAUUUCAUUGACAAUCCAGGGUACAGAGAGUAUGAAUGAACAAUGUGAUGCCCUCCCAGUAAUGUGUUUGUAUUCCAGCCCCUGUCAACCCCAGCUAUGAUCAAUGGUCAGAGAUGAUAGAGGCUGUAGAUCAGCAUCAUGUGGGGGCACCGGGUUGCAUGCUGCUGGUGUAAAAAAGAAGUGGCUACACGCCUUGUGUGUGUUCAAAAGGCAAAAUGUGGCAGACCAUACAUCACUCAUAAUGAGCAGACGAAAGUCAAUAAGACUGCUUUGAAUUAAGUGGUUGAGAACUUCCGGGUUAGCGCCUCCGGUAAUGGCUGAACUCCUCUGAUCGGGAGGAAUUUGCUUCAUUGAAAUUAGGGUCUGACCGCCACGGCGAAGGCGGGGACCCACCAAAAAUCACAGGCGGGAGAAGCCUGUGAACGUGGGAUUCGGCUGGCACCUUUUGCGCCUCCCCUACUCGUGGGGAAACCCAGUUUCGGGGAUCUGGAGCGACGUGGGGUGAGUGGCGCGGUGCUUCGAAUUGACUGCUUCUUUCACGGAGUGAAGCCGCAUUGCUGUUGCCAGAGAGCGCUGAUUUUUCCUGUGGACAAUUUGAUCUUAAAACAACUACCCGUGAGUAGAACGGAAAAUUGGAUUUUUAAACGUCUUAAUCUGGCACUGAAACGGGGAGGUUUCAAACAGGAAGUCCACCUUCCCCUUUUGUAUAUAGACUGAAGCAAAGAGGCUGCAAGCUAAAGUCUUGGAAAGCCUUUCAUAAAGGAUUAAACUUCCAGCGGCUAAAUCAUCAAACCCCCCUUGGAAGCAGGAGAAGAGGGGGGAAAUUUUAGAUCGCGUAAGCCUGCAGGAGAGAGUGAAGAAAGUUAAGUUACCACCGCUCUGAACCUGGAAACGGGCUGCCAGUAAGACUGAAGUUUUGGAUAUGCUCAUUGACUGUGAAUAGAUCGUUUGUUGACAGUAAGUUAAAGAAGAGAAAUAUAUUGUUUCCAUUGUCUCCUUCUGCGUUUAAAAAGGAGUAAAAGUAAUUGAAAAUUGAAGCUAACUUUAUUGUCUGAACUGUGCUUAAAAGGAUUGAUACAAAUAGAAAUUGUUUCCCCCUAGAGGAAGCCUUUGAAAUUGUUACAUGAGCUGAGCUGGGGAAAUUUCCACCUGCAAGAUAAAACUGUGAGAAUCUGGGAUUGACCUUGCGCCGUUAAGAAUGUUGACAGAAGAAGCCUUAGUGGUUGCAUUAUGUAAGAUUAAUGAUUCACUGGAACAGCUCCAUAAGAAGAUGGAUGCGAGGACUAUAAAAAUUGAUAACUUGGAACAAAAAGUGACUAAUUUGGCACAAAAAGUGAAUAUUAAUACAGAAAUUACUCAGGAAUCGAUACAGGGAUCUAUUUUGACAUGGCAAAUUGAGGAGAAGGCGGGGGAGAACGUGGUUGUUGUGGAACCUAAAGCUGCACAAGUGGAGAGGGAGAGAGCCCCAGCCUUACAGAUACAAUUUGAUGACUAUAAGUUGAUGCCUUUUAAGACUGAAUUUAGAGAAAGUCAGACUUUGAGGAUUGGAGCCCCGCUUGGACUGAAGAAGGAAAGUUGGAUAGAUCCCCUCAUGCAGGGAUUUAUUGACCUUUGGGACCUGGACUUGGGUCAGGAGGAGACUGGAGUUGUGGGCACCGCCAGACUUUGAGGAACUUUGAAAUACGACUGGAAAUAUCUUUUGAAUUUCAGUUUUAACUACGGAGAUUUGGCUGAUUUGUCGAGAAGGAAUAAAAACAUUGCUAGAUGGGAAUUUCCCCGAGAUCUACUUUUCAGCAUCAAAGGAAGGAAAAUAAGAACAAGAUCAGGAGAAGACAAAGUAAAGUGCAUGUAUAAAUAUGAAGAAGACUUGCAGAAGGGACUUGGAAAAGAGUUAAGAGCCUCGGAUAGAAGAUCACCAGGUUGAUGGACUAUAUGGAAUUGAUGGAAAUGACUGGCAGAAUCCGAGACCAGGGAGAAGAGACGGUGGAAGAAUAUUGGAAAAAGUUUAAAAUCUAUAUAUGGAAAUAAUGUAAAAUUAAUGAGUGUUAGAAAAAUGUUGGAAGGGAAUUAUAUGGCUUUAGUAGAAAUGUUUUAAGGAAUUAAGCAUAAAUAAGUAUUAUAGUAUUAAUGGAAAAUAAGGUUAAAAUAUGUUAAGAUAAUCACAUGACAGAAAAUAGAGAAAGAUGGAAAGGAUUUGCUGAAAUAAUUAAUAGAAAUGAAAUACAAAAAGGGAGGUGAGAGGAGGUCGAUGAAACAAGGGAAUGAAAGAGAGGAUAUUGAGAUGGUAUGAUGUGUGUUAAUGUUAAUGUUGUGUUGUGUAUUGUUUAUAUAUUGUACUGUAUUGGGUUUUUGGGGGGGGUUUGCUUUUUUGCUUUUCCUUUCCUUUUCUUUCUUCUUUUCUUUUCUCCUUUUUGUAAGGUUUAAAAGUAAUAAAUAUUAUUUUAAAAAAAUGAAUUAAGUGGUUGAGAGGGCAACUGUUGUUGAGUGUUCAGGAACUGAAGCACCAUAAUAAUAAAGGAAAUGAUAAUGUAUGGGGUUUUUAAUGGACUGAGAAAAAAUUGAGGCCUGACUUUUUCUUUUACACUUUUACUAGUUUUAAAAUAAAACAAAAAGAGAGGGGUGGAAUAAUCCCCACCCCCGACACCCUCUCCAAUAUAUAUUUGAAAGACCAGCAUUUUUCCUAGCAACUUUAGCAGGGGUAAAAUACUAGCAUAACAUUACUUUCAUCAUGGAUAGGAAACAUAACACUAAUUGGAGGCUUUUGCCACAAUGCUUGCCAAGUUUUAUCAUCUAUUGUCAAACCGAUAUCAGCUUCCCAUACUUCCUUUUAAACUCAUGUUGGAAACCAUUAAACAAGAUAAAAGACCUCUAUAAAUGUUAGAAACACCACCUUUUAGACUACCCAUAGAAGCUUUGUGGAAACUUUCAUAGAAAGUCUCAGGCUUCAGUUGUCCAUUGGUCCUGAGAAGAAAUUUAACAGAAUGUUGUAUCUGCAAUAGCCGGAGAAUAUUUUUUUUAAAGCCUUCAUCAACCACUUGCUUGGCAGACAUCAACAGGCAAAUCUUUUUGUUCACUGUAGAUAAAUAAACAUUGUCACCUGCUGAAGGAUGCACAUCAAGCAGCUGUUAAUGGUGCAACUACCAUGGAUGGUUAAGAAGUUGGCAGGUUGUUUUGCUUCUGUGUUUAUUUCGGAUUUCACAUUAUUGUAAAGUUCUGUGACUUUUGGCUCUGAAAGAAGACUGAAAAUAAACUGUCAGCUGCAAAAGGAAUAUAGGCUAGAAGAGUGCAUUAUGCUGAUGGAGAGGGAUUUACGAGUUUAAGUGCCAUUAACUCUAAUAGGAGUUAAGGGUAAAAUCAUCUAUAUAUCAAGCUGAGAUUAACCUACACACUUGGAGAGACAGCUAAAUGCCGAAGACAUUGGAAAAAUUAUUUCCCUCUGGCUACUUUUUGUUUUUAACACGUAUUAUGUUUAGACUGGUCCCAGUAUGUUCACAAAUUAAGCCAGGGAAGCAUCUGACACAAUAAGGGCAACUGUAUAGAUAUGCAUAAAUUGCAUGAUGGUAACAGAAAUUGUUGCACACUCAAAAUUGAAUCUGCUGUGUUAACUCUUGUGUGAAGUGAUUACCAAGGUAAAUGAAAGAAACCAAUAUAAAGUUAUUCUCAGGUGGAAACUGAAGUACAAUAUUUUGCAUACAGUAAAUAAAAGGUAAAGGUAAAGGACCCCUGGACAGUUAAGUCCAGUCAAAGGCGACUAUGGGGUUGCGGCGCUCAUCUUGCUUUCAGGCUGAGGGAACCGGCGUUUGUCCACAGACAGGUUUCCAGAUUAUAUGGCCAGCAUGACUAAACCACUUCUGGUGCAACGGAACUUCGUGACAGAAACCAGAGCACAUGGAAAUGCCGUUUACCUUCCUGCCGUAGUGGUACCUAUUUAUCUGCUUGCACUGGCAUGCUUUCGAACUGCUAGGUUGGCAGGAGCUGGGACAGUUAACGCCAUCACAGGGAUUCGAACCACUGACCUUCUGAACAGCAAGCCCAAGAGGCUCAGUGGUUUAGACCACAGCGCCACCCGCAUCCCCUGCAUACAGUAAAUACUAAAGUAUUUACUAUCAAAGUUUCUGUCUUUCAUUUAGCUUGCUCCCAUGUUUUGUUCUGUUUUGUUUUAAAUCAACUGAAGAUGCAUUUAAGAAAACUUUUGAGACAAAUAACAUGUAAAUAUAAUUUCUCCAUGCUCCAGAUUCUUUGCCAUUCUUUGCAAAUCUGAGUAUAGAUAUAUGCAAUAGUAGCCUUAGGAAUGGGUCUGCCAUUUUUUUUCUCAAUAUGGCUGCUAUUCUUGAGCAUCAGUAAACUGCCUGCAGGUGCUUAGUGAAAAGGAUGAAUAUGAAACUAUGGCACCAUUAUCCUUAACAAACCCUAUAAAACAUAUCAUUGCACUUUCCCUGCAACUGUCCUCUGCUAUCCAAGUGUCCCUCCCUAUGAAGAUGGUCUACCAUACACAUAAAGAUAUGUCUUGUGGAACUCUUGCGGUGGAGCGACAUGUUCGCUACCCUUAAUUAAAUUGAAGGAUGCAACAUGUCACCCUUGCUGCUGUUAUGCACAAUAAACUUCUAAUAAUAUGUUGAAAAAUCUACUCCUUCUCUUCUGCUUCAAAGUGGAUAUAAUCAUUUUGCCUUUUUUAUGUACAGCUAGAACCACUUAUGUACUGUGGGAUGCGGGUGGUGCUGUGGGUUAAACCACAGAGCCUAGGGCUUGCCGAUCAGAAGGUCGGCGGUUUGAAUCCCCAUGACGGGGUGAGCUCCUGUUGCUUGGUCUCUGCUCCUGCCAACCUAGCAGUUCGAAAGCACGUCAAAAUGCAAGUAGAUAAAUAGGUACCAUUCCAGCGGGAAGGUAAACGGCGUUUCCGUGUGCUGCUCUGGUUCACCAGAAGCAGCUUAGUCAUGCUGGCCAGAUGACCUGGAAGCUGUACGCCGGCUCCCUCAGCCAAUAAAGCGAGAUGAGCGCCGCAACCCCAGAGUCGUCCACGACUGGACCUAAUGGUCAGGGGUCCCUUUACCUUUAGAACCAUUUACAGUGUAUCAGCAAGUGCAUUCCAUAGUUUUAGUCACUUUUGAAUUCUAACUGUAAAGUGUUAGAUGAGUCAAGAGACACACAAAGGAUACAACAACAUCAUACUCCAGCACUGUUGUUCUUUGCCCACUGAACACAGUCAGUAAAUAUGCAUAGGAUCAGGCUCCCACGCCUUUUUAUUUAUUUUUUGGUAGCUUACUGAUGGUACAUAGAAAACAGCAAAAAGUCUGUGUGUUUUACCAAGCAGGCCUUUAGCAAAUUGUUUGCCACAGUUCACUUCCCUGGUGACUGGUUUGCAGUAGCACUGACGAUAAACACAGGGAUUACAUUUUUAAAAAUCCAUACGCCUGCUGUCACAGUCAGUAAUCACACCUUUAGGUACAUGGUUCAUUAUUGAGCCUGUCUGUCAAAUAAAUUCUUUCACCAUCCGAAAAGAGACUUGUUUCUCCAAUCGUUAAUUCUGUAGACAGCAAAGAUUCAAGAUAAUCUAAAAAGAUAUUGAUGACUGCCUACCUACUAUUUAUAUGAGUGAGACAAAAUUCUUUUUGUUCUGAUCUUACCUUAUUUCCCAUUCCAUCACCUUCUGAGCAUUGUAUGGUGGCAGCUGUAGAGGUUAAAUGGCUGCUGGUUAAAUGGCUGGUGGGCAAAGAAGCGGAAAAGACCCCCCCCCAAAAAAAAACCCCCUCCCAGCAUUGCCAAUUGACCAGAUCAAAGCUAAACAGUCUGACCAGCAGUUUGAGCUACUCCGAAAAAAAUCAAUAAGUGAAGCUGCUUUUCACAGCAUGGAGAUAAAUAUUAUCACCUGCCUGCAGAUGAUGUUGCUUUAUAAACAAAGUAGUAGGAGCUGAUUAAAGAUUUGGCAGCCCUACAUAGCAAAGAAGUUUCAAGAGCAAUUUUGGGUGUGGAGCUUCCUUGGGCUUGGUUACACAAGAUUAGGGAUUAGUUGUCACAGCAUUUCUGUUCUGUCUGAGAGCUUCCAACAUGCCUGUCUGCACAGUUCAUUUGCUUCAAAAGCUCUGGAGUUCACCUGAGCUAUGCACGAUGAGCAAAGGAUGCAGGAGGAAUUCUGUUCUGGUGAAUCCUGAUAUGAACUGACCUGGUCUGCACCUCUUGGAGUAAUCUGUCGAUCAGAACAUAGCUGUCUAUCAGAUUUGCUCUGCGGUGACACAUUUCUUGUCUUCUUUUUUAAAUUGCAUUUCAAAAUAUAUAUUUUGAGAAAUCCUAGCUUUAGAAAUGAAAUGCUUAUCUGGAGAAGAAAUGUGUCUUUGAAAUACUAUGCAAAUAUGCAUGCAGAUCACAGAUUAAUGUGGAAACAGGGUGGAACAGAAUUAUGAGUGAGCACAGUAAGGAAACAAGCUGAUUCAUCCAUCCCUGGGCUAGCUCAGGGCCUGAACACUACCAUAGAGUCUUAAACAAACAUCCUUUGAGGGUUUUUACAGCUGUGUCUGAGGUUUAAUGUGCAGAGUUUAACUGAAAAAUAAAUGAAAUUUCAGGAAGCUGUGGAAAAUGCACUGAAAAACGGAAGUGCUUUUUGGCAAUAAUGAAACUGAAAACAAAACCAAAGACACUGUUUCAGCUCAGCUCUGCCCCGGACUCCUACAAUACUGUCCUAUUUCGAGCUACUAUAUUUGCAUCAAAGUACAGCAGAGAAGAGGUUGUCAGCUCCCUCCUCUGGUAAGCUAACCUUGUGGCACAGAGCGUGCGAUUCCUGGGAGGGACCCACUGUAAGAGUCUGCAGUUUGAGGAAACGAGGCUGCAUUCAUCCUUUGCCCUAGUCCAACAACAUUUUGUGAUUUUUAAAAACAUCUCUGUGUUGUAAGCAUGUAAAGCAUGCAAUCCAAAUUAACUGCAAACCAUUCAUUGUAUUUUUAAUUAUAGAAUGCAGUUCUACCAUGUGAGGUUUAAAAAGAUUAGACGCUAAGGCUGCUUGGGGGUGUUGGCACAUGCACCCAAUGUGCUCAUCCAAGUUUGAGCAAAUGGUAAUGAAAUUAGAAGGUCAGGGGAUGCUGGAGAUUUCAUUCAACCAGCUAAAGGUGCUGCUUUUGUGUUUGUGUUUUAAGCAAAGAAGAAGAAGAAAAUAUUGAAAUGAAGCAAAAGGAGGGUGAUAAGGAAAGGAGCUGCGGUGGUUCCUUUAAGGGCUGGUGCAGCAGGAAAAGCAAUUGUUUUGUGCAAGCCUAUUGUUCCCUUGAAAUGUGCCCAGUUCUUUUGAUUGCAUGACCUUGAUGAAAUUAGCAGCACUAUUGUGACUCACACUACUGACAGCGCUGCCAGCUUUCGGUCUCUUCAUCACACACUUACGACAACUAUUCUACGUAAAGGAUUUUACUAUCAAGAGAUUUGUUUUUUUUAAAAAAAGGUGUUCUCACUUCUAGUCUAAAGGAAUAAAAGAUGUAUGGGAAGAAUAAUGUCACUGAGCAUAUAUGCUACCCCAGCAGAACAGCGGGGGAGGUCGUCUCUAAACUUCCAAAUUUGAGGGCACUCUCAUAGGCUUUAUUAGAGAAAGUGCAAAAUUUCCGGAGGGGUUUUGAUUCUGCCUUGAUGGCUCACUGAGUUGUUCCUAAAAUUAGAAAGGCUGUCAAAAUGUAUCAGGUGAACAUGCACUGUAAACUAUUAGUAAAUAUAAUCGUCAUAUAAAUGUUGCACUUUCCCUUUUUUGAAAAGGGGAAAUGGAAAAUGGACAUGGAAAAGAAAGAGUGGAAAUUAAUGUCUAAAACAUAAUUACUGGGGUAAAAAACCUUGCACUUCAUAAUUUUUCCACUAUACGCCCCCCCUCCCCAUUUAUUCCAGAUUCAUAUAUAUUUCUACUGGCUAGAGACAAAUGCACAAAUAAUCUACUUGUUUUACCACCAGGAGGGCUAUAUUUUGUCUUUCACUAUCCAGCUUUCCCCACAAUGGAUUCACCCUCAACGCUCACAUCUCCAACUAUUGUGUUUGUUUCUGUUCAUUCACAGUUACUAUCAGCUAUCCCAGUCCUCAUAAUGUAUUACACUACGAGCUCCCAAUAUACAUUUGCAUCACUCUUGGAUAUUAUAUGUUUAUCAUUUGCACAUUGUUUUGUGACAUUUUGAGACAUCUUCAUGCAUUCUUAUUACUACACUGCACUGGCCCUUGCAGCCAUUAAGAAAAACCUUAGGAACAAAGGAGGCAACUCCUUAUCCAGGAGGAUUUGCCUUCUCCCUUCUUUACCCCACACCUGAAGCUGCUGAGUUCAUUGAAAAAUGUCAAUGGCAUGCCAUACAACAGUAUAUUGUAGUCCCCCAAAUAUCUCUCCAGAGUUUUGGGAAAGUACUUCACGCACAUGUUCUGUUAGGCUUAUAUAAGGUCAGGCUUAUUUCUUGUCCAUUAAUACUAAUUGAGAAGAGAAGAAGAAACUGAAUUAUUAUAUAAUAAUCCUCUUACAGGAAAGCAAAUUACCUCUGUAAAUAUAAAUCUACUCUUUGAUUGUACAAAAUAAUACAUGUUUGAAUCAUUUCAGCUUUAUUCUCUGUAAAUAAUUAGUGUUUCAGGACUGUGACCAUUUCUUUCCAAAUUGAUGGAUUAAUAUUUGUAAUGCAAUUUAGGUUUUAAUACAGUAUUAUGUUCAGUGACUAAACAGUAUAAGGUUGAAGCCAGGGAUGAGUAAUAUAAUCAAGGACUCCAGGGAGUUAAGUUUAUUUAAAGGAUACAGCUAGUAAAUUCCAUAUUAUUCAACCAAAUGAAAGGUUGGAGCUAAAAACACUAAAUACUUUUGGUUUUAUUUUAGGAUUAUCGUGUGAACAUCUUUCUCCGUCAGAACUGGAAUGACCCCCGUCUUGCUUAUAGUGAAUAUCCAGAUGACUCUCUAGAUUUGGACCCAUCUAUGUUGGACUCUAUCUGGAAACCUGACUUGUUCUUUGCCAAUGAAAAAGGCGCCAAUUUUCAUGAAGUAACAACAGACAACAAAUUGCUACGGAUUUUUAAAAAUGGGAAUGUUCUCUAUUCCAUCAGGUAAAUUGCAAAUAAAAGGCUCUGAUGUGAUAUGGAAGCAAUGAGGUUAUGAUUUAGUUUGGAUGCGGUACACUUUCCCUUAAUGAAAACAGUCACUGCAUUCCCUUGUUGUGGAUUGUUCACAUACAUAGAUACAAGGACAUAGGCUGAUUUCUCUAAGUCAUCCAUAUGUAAUUCAAUUGGUGAAAUAACUGGAGGCUGUUUAAAAUGCCAUGGUUCCAUGUAGAGGCCAUUUCUUUCAAUUGAACACAGAGGUCUCACUGCUGAAUUUUCUUCUGAAAGGAAAAAAAAAACCCACAACCCAUUAUUUUUAGUUUUAUUUACUGGUUCUAGCCUUCUAUUAACAAACUAAAGCUUAGAUGUGGGAGAAAAGUGUUGUGCUAAUAAGAGUUGUGUCUCUUUUUUAGGGGUGAGUCUUUUCUCUGGUAAAGUAGUACUGUGAAUGGAAGUCUUAAAUAAAUGUCUACUCUGAAUUCCUUAAUUCAUUUCAGUAACAGUUCAGUGAUUAUUCACUUCUAGAUGUCUAGAGAUUUGUAAUAUUUAAUUUCUCAUAUAUUGUUGACCACAAUAGAUCAGCAGUUACCAAAAUAAGAGCAAAAAACAUGAUGUAAGAAAAGCCCUGCAGGAUCAGGCCAAAUCUUAAACAGUCCAGCAUCCAGCUUCAGCUGUGACCAACCAGAUACCUAUAGGAAGGCUGCAGGCAGGACAUGAGGGCAAUAUUUUCUCCUGCUGUUGCCUGGUAUUGGUGACUGAUACUCAUAGGCAUGUUGCCUCUGAUCCAGGAGGGUAGCAUGUUACUAGUAGCUGUUUGUCUUCAUGAAGUUGUAUAAUCUUUUAAAAUCAUCUAAGCUGGUGGCUAUCUAGUGUUAGUGAAGUCCAUAGUGUAAGUAUGCAAUGUGUGUUAAAAAGAAGUCGUCUUUCCCACCAUUUGGGGUGUGUUGAUGACUCAGUUAAGCAUAUGUAGCAGAUAAUAGUAGUUUUAAGAGAACUAUGAAAACAUUUAAAGUGAAGUCAAAUAAAUAAGAGCUGUGCAGAAUUGCCUUUUCCCCCUCCAUGACCACAAUCAUGUAGCAGCAGCAUAAAAUCUAUUAAACAGAUAAAGGUAUUGGAACUGAAGUAACUAUCAAACCUGGGUUUGAAAUCUCUGCUACAUGUUUCUCAGGUUCUUGGUUCAAGACCUGACUUGGACCCAAGUUCUGACCAUGAUCCAGAAAGUUAACCACCCAGUAAUAGCUGCCCCUUGAUCAGGUCUCAGACACAAAGUGACUUUUCCCUGCUGCCUUUAUGAAAUGGGAGACACACACAGAGCCAGUUCUGGCACUAUUCUUUUCAGAUUGAGAAAUCUAUGUGUAGAUCAUUGGACAACGUUGUGCAAAGUGUAACAUUGUUUAGAUUUCACCCCUUCUUAGAUGGUUCCUCCCCGGGGGGGGGGGGGACCAAAAACAACUCUGUGAAUGUUGUUUUCCAAAGGUCCUUCAUUUUCACUCUUGUUAGGGGAUUCUUCCAUUAACUCAUUCUACCUUUCUGGCACCUGUAGACAGAGGAUAGCAGUGCAACACUUUCCCUGAAAUCAUAAAGGAUCAUCUUUCCUUGUAGGAAACAGAAGGUUUCCUCCAGCAGGCUCAGAGGGCUUUUAUUUGAAAGACUUAAAUUGCUGUUGGUUGUAAUAUCACAAACAACUAAUAUGGACUUGCAGGAUUAGGGUCUAGGCUACAAUACAAUUCGAUCAGGGCAGGAAUUGUAUUUAGAAAAUGCUGUCGUGAAAAACUUACUUACUCAGGGGGUAAGCUCCAUUUAUUUUCAUGGCGUUUACUUCCAAGUAAGGUAGAAUUGAAAACCUUAUUUUUUCUCCACGAAUUAAGCAUAUUGACUUCAUAUUAUUUCCCAAAUGCCUAAAUGGUUUGUACACCUGCCUGCUUUCCAAGACUCUUGUUCUUUAUUGAAUAAUGGAUGUGUGUGUAGUAAUUUUGAAUAUGUGACAAUGUGUGUUGGCCAACAUUCGCUUUAUAAUAGUUCUUCUGUAUUCUUUCAGAUUGACUUUAAUACUCUCCUGCCCAAUGGACCUCAAAAAUUUCCCAAUGGAUGUCCAAACAUGUAUCAUGCAGCUGGAAAGCUGUAAGUGUGAACAUAGUAUUCUCAUGUUCAUAGCACAUAGUCCUGUGGCACCUUGAAAGCAACUUAAGUAUUGCAGCAUAAGCUUUCAUAGGCAAAAGCUGCCUUCUUCAAAUGCAUCAUGUUUCAUGUUGAUGUUAUAUGGAUCAAAUAUUAUAGGCAGUAAUGGGUGAUAUCCAAUGGUAUCCAUGCAGAAGUGGAAUGGACUUCCCUCUGCACAAUCAGACCUCCGCCUUCCUCUCCUUCUGCUUUUAGGACCCUCCAAAGCUAAUUUGGGGAGCAUGAGAGGUUCUGAGGGGGAAGAAAGAAAAGGGAAGUCUGGUUGAAUGAGCAGUAGUCUAGUGGCCAAAGUAUGUGAAUUACGCCAAAAAAUCAAUCCUAAAUAAUUAUAAUGAUCCCCUUGUUUCGUUUCUGCAUGAAGAAAAUACUCAUCUCCCCAACCUCUUUGAAUGAGACCCCAAAUUUUGGAGAAUGGAAACACAGUCACUGAUGCCUUCUCUUUCAUAUUUUCUUUGUUAUAGCCAAAUUGCCCCGCUACUGGUAGUUGUAAUGGUCCUGAUAUGGGACAGCAGAAAAUGACAAGUAUUGGGUGAUAUAUAUUGUAUGUAUGUGAGAUUUAUAUUAAUACUAGUGAUCGUCCACCAGUCAGACUAGAAUAAGCGGGCUGGAAUGUUAAACCAUAGUAUCCACUUGUUUUUCUCAGUGGAACCUGGGUCACACUGAAAAGCAUUUUUGAUAUAUCUAGCUCCUAGAAUUCUACUCUUCAAGUAGAGCCUUGUGCAUUUGGGCCUGCUAAAGGCAUGUCAUUGGGUUGCUUUGCCGAAAAGUAGUAAAAUCACUGCAGUCAACAUUUUGAUAUUUUUGAACCACAGCGGGAUUCCUAGAGAUCCGCUCAGAUUCAGUCAGCAAAGCAAAGCUGCUCUGGAACAUGUGCCCUAAAUAGUAAUUUGUAAAAAAAUAAUGAGAACAGAACUCAAAUAAGUCACUUCGGCUCAGAGAACUAUAAGGCAAAAUGUCUAAACCAAUCGAGCUCUUUGUGAACAAAAGCUUCCUAUACAAAAACACUAUGGAGCCUUCCAUUGUGCUGAGGGCACUUUUGUGUAUAUGAUAAAACUAAGAGAAGGGGGUGGCAUCCAGCAAUAAAUACUGGUCAUUCUGCAGAAUGGAAAAGUAACAUUGAAAAAUAAAAUUAAAGAUUUCUUCCAGUUUUCCUUUUUUCUAUUUUAAGGCCACAGAGUCCACCACUUGUAUUAGCUAUCAACAUGUAGACCAGACUAGGCUUUGUGGGACACAUAUAGGUCACCAAUUUCCCUAGUAAAGCCCCUCACCAUAGUUUAAGGCAUUUUCCUCCACAUGAUCAUCAUAAUAAAUAAAUAAUACAUUUUUAUUUAUACCCCGCCCUUCCUGGUUCAGAAAACCGGACUCAGGGCAGCUAAGAACAAAUUUAAAACACUUAAUUGUAAAAGCUGUAUAAAAUACAGUAUAAAAACAUGAAUAACAAUAAAAUUCAAAGUUCAGAAAUCAAUUUGGAGGAAAUCCAUCUAAUAAACAUUAGUCACCAGGGCUAGCUGGCUGAAUUAGUCCUACUUGGGCCAGUGAGGAGGCCAGGGGAGAAUUAGCUGUGGGGUCUUGGAGCGGGUAAUGUUCAUAAAAGGGGAGGGGGAGGGAAGAGAAGGAAAAUAAAAGAUCAGGCUGAAUCCAAAUUAAAGGCUAGGCAGAAUAGCUCAGCGGAAGGAGGUUAAAUCCUGAAGGGCCCUAGUCUCAUGGGACAGAGCAUUCCCCAGGUCGGAGCCAUCACUGAAAAGGCCCUGGCCCUGGUGGAGGAUAGUCUGACUUCCUUAGGGCCCGGGACCUCUAAACUAUGGUUAUUCAUGGACCAUAAUCACAUGGAGGAAGAGAAUGGAGCUGUGUCUCCUGCCCCACUAUCUCCUUAGCGUUUCCACAGAUCCCAUACCCCUGGUGGCUAUCUGAAGAAAGAGCCUGCUUGCCUCCCUGUGCUUUAGAACCUCUGGCACAUAUAGAAUAGGUGCCACUCUUCAGACACUACCCCAACAUGUGGGCAAUGGAGGGGCAGGCCACAAGGAUGUGAUGAUGGCAGCAGGAAAAGUGGAUGUGUCUCCACUGCCUUCCUCCACAGGAAUUGGAUUGUGUGGAGACAAUGCCUGAAGAGGACUUGUUUCUUAUCCAGGAUGACUGGGCUGCAGGUGGCACAUAGUCAAAGUUUAGAGAUAAGUAGGGUUACUAUGUGCCUCUUUUUCCAGGGCACUUCUUUUUCAGGGGUUAAAUUCCUUCUGAGUGGAUUUUUCAAAUUUGCCAAAAUGUCUCUGUCUAUACUUUUUCGAUGAGAUCUAGACAUAACUGGUGGUUGAAAACUUGCUUUCCUCUUCUCUUCUCCUACCCACCCCCUCAGCAAGAUAUCACAACAUCUAUAGGCUAAAUAUAGUAGGGGUAUUUAAAAUCAGAGUAGUCAGAGUGCCCUCUUUUUUUCCUCUUCAAAAUAUGGCCAUCCUAGAAGGUAGGCUGCAGAAAUAAGACUUUGAUGCCUGUGAUGGGAAGAUGAGCUGCUUGUGCGUAAAAUCGUAUUCCCUCAGAGUUUGUUCAAGUCCACAAACCUCUGUCUGUGACUGAGCCCCUCUGACAUGGCUCCUCUAGUCACUAGAAGUUUCCGACAGUGGCUGCUUUCGUAAUCGCUUCCAACAUAAAAGCUCCUUAACGGAAACACGUCUUCUGGACUCUCUGCGUGACAGUUUCCGGCGAGGAGUGGGUGUCCCUACAGGAGGUCCGGAAACCUCACCACUGUUUUCGCUGGAAGUAUCUCUGAGCCAUCCCCCAGCUCCCUUUCCCUCAGUUCAGCUUCUCUUCCCCUGCUGGUUUCCUCUUCAGCUGCUGAGUCUCUUCCAACCUGUCUGAGCCCUUUCACCUCCCUCAGUUCAGCUUCUCUCCCCUUGCUGGUUCCCUCUUCCGCUGCUGAGUCUCUUCCAACCUGUCUGAGUCCUUUCACCUCCCUUCCUUCCGAUGGCAGUUCCCUGACAUCCACCUCCCCUCCAGGGCCCCCUUCACCCCCUCUCGCCCCCUCCUCUACGGGCGGUGAGGAGGCAAACCCCGGAAUGAACUUCCUUCAUCUUCCGAUGUCUCGAACACUUCUCUCCACCUGUUGCGGUUCCUGGUCUCGAAGCACUCCUCCUCCUCCGAGUCCAUCUCCCCUUCCCCUUCCGAUUCUGGGAAUCCUUCCAACUCCUCCUCCUCCUCAGUGGUCCCAAAGUAUUCCCUCCGGAACCUCUCCACAGGCUGAGGUUUCCUCGGGAACCUUUGAUGGAACGUUUCUAUCAAUACCUCGUCAUUGAUAUCUUCGGCCAUUACCCACGUGUUUUCUGACCCGGUUCUCCUUCCCACGCUACCAAAUACUCCACCUGAUUCCCCUUCCACCUGGCAUCAAGGAUUUCUGCCACAUGACUGCUGCAUUCUCUUUCUUCUAUGACCGGUCCCCGAGUGGCCAUCCCUUCUCGUCCCCCCUCGUACGGUGACAGUAACGACCUGUGAAAUACUGGGUGCAGUUUCAUGUGGUUGGGUAACCGGAGCCUGAAAGCCACUGGGUUGACCUGUUGAAUGACCUCAAAGGGACCCAACCUCCUGGGUCUUAAUUUCUUACAACCUCCUUUGAACGGCAACCCUCGGGUUGACAGCCACACCCUAUCUCCAACCCUUAUGGUUUCACCUUCCCUUCGGUUCUUGUCUGCCUGCCUCUUGUAUUCUUCCUUCGCCCUUUCUAAGUUGAGUUGGAGCUGACGGUGGAUUGCUUCCAUUUCUUCUACAAAAUGCUCGGCUGCCGGUACGCUCCAUCUCUCCCCUUCUCCCCUGGGAAAGCCCUGGGAUGACACCCAUAAUUAGCCAAGAAGGGGCUCAUCCCUGUGGACACAUUCUCGGCAUUGUUGUAGGCAAAUUCCGCCAGCGCCAACUUUUCUACCCAGUCAUUCUCUCUGUCAUUGACAUAACACCUCAGGUAUUGCUGGAGGACACCGUUUGCUCUUUCCGCCUGCCCGUUGGUUUCAGGGUGCCGGGCAGUCGAAAAGUUGACCUCCACCUGCAGUAAGCUCAUGAGCUUCCUCCAGAACCUGGAAGUAAAUUGUUUUCCUCGGUCUGAGACCACCCUCAAUGGCACCCCGUGCAACCUAAAAAUGUGUUCUACAAAUAACUUCGCUGUCUCUUCCGCCGUGACUGCAUGCGAGCAAGCUACAAAGUGGCACAUCUUUGUUAGUAGGUCUACCACCACCAUGAUGGCUGUUUUCCCUUUGGACUUCGGCAGAUCAGUCAUAAAAUCUAUCGACACUGCCUCCCAAGGUCGUUCUGGGGUUGGUAAGGGUUCUAAUAGCCCCGCCGGCGCCCGCCUUUCCCCUUUGGCUCGCUGGCACUGCUCGCACCCUCUUACAUACUCACGUACAUCCUCCCUCACCUUAGGCCACCAAAAUUCCCUGGUGACCAACCACAUGGUUUUGUGUUGCCCAAAAUGCCCCGCCGUGGGGCUGUCAUGCAACUGCUUGAGUACCCUCCCCUUAAGUCUCCUUCAGGGAUAUACAGUGCCCCUUUGUAAUACAAAGCUCCAUUUCUUUCCUCGAAACCCCUUGAUUCCUCUCCCUCAUCCCUAAGACCUCUGAGCUUAUUCUGGGCGUAUUCAUCAUUCUCUGUUUCUUCUACCAGUUCUCUUUGUCCCACCAAUGCCGCCCCACACACCCAGCGGUCCUCUGGAAUGACAUGUCUCUCUUCGGGUGCUCCCUCCCCUCCAAAUAUUCAGGUUUGCGUGAGAGAGCGUCCGCCCUAAUGUUCUCUGGGCCUGGCACGUAACAAAUCUCAAAGUUAAAUUUGGAGAAUUCCUGGGCCCACCUCACUUGCCGUUGGUUGAGCACUCGUGCCGUCCUCCAAUACUCUAGGUUCUUGUGGUCAGUGCACACUUGCACCUUAUGUUGUGCGCCAAUUAGCAGGUGCCUCCAUCUCCGGAACGCCUCAUGAAUGGCUAGUAGUUCUCGGUCAUACACCGUGUAGUUCCUCUCGGAUUUGUUCAGCUUUCGCGGAAAAAAAGCACACGGUCUCCACUCUGACUCCUCCUUCCCUGGCUGGAGAAGCACCGCCCCAACCGCUCUGUCUGAUGCGUCAGUUUCCACUCUCAUCGGUUUUUGUAAAUCCACAUGCAGGAGCUGUUGUUCCGAGGCGAAGGCCCUUUUUAGUUCCUCAAAUGCUUGCUCCGCCUCCUCCGUCCAAACGAACUUCUUCUUACUGCUGAGACAGUCCGUAAUGGGCGCCGUCAGGUGGGCAAAGUUUGGGAUGAACUUACGAUAGAAGUUCCCAAAUCCUAAAAACCUCUGCACAUCCUUCCUUGUUUUGGGUGUUUUCCAUUCCAGUACCGCCUGGACCUUGCCGGGAUCCAUGGCCAACCCCUUGUCAGACAGGCGAUACCCCAGGAAUUCCACCUCCUUGGUAUGAAACUGACACUUCUCCAGUUUCACCCACAGCUGGUUGGCUUGCAGCCUGCUCAACACUUCUCUGACGUCUCUCACAUGCUGCUCCUCAUUCUCAGAAUACACCAACACGUCGUCUAAGAAGGCCACACAAUUCUUGUAAAGCAACGGCCCCAGGACGUGGUUCAUAAACGAUUGAAAUGUUGCGGAGCCUGCUUGUAGACCGAAGGGCAUAACUAAGUAUUCAAAUGCCCCUAAAGGGGUGAACAUGGUGGUUUUCCAUUCAUCCCCCUUCCUUAUUCGUAUCAGGUUGUACGCCCCCCUUAGAUCCAGCUUGGUGAAAAUCUUUCCCUUCCGCACCCUUGUCAAAAUGUCGUCAAUCCUGGGCAUCGGGAAGGCCACUGGUUCUGACACUGCAUUUAAGGCCCUGAAGUCACACACCAGUCUCGGCUUGUUCGUGUUUUUUUGUCCACAAAAAACACUGGGCUGCCCCCCACCGCCCUGGACUCUCUGAUGAACCCUCUCUUCAGGUUCUUGUCAAUGAACUCUCUUAGCUCCUGCAUCUCUCUGUCUGACAUGGCGUACAGCUUGCCCACAGGGAGCUGUGCCCCAGGGAGCAAAUUGAUUUGACAGUCAAAGGCUCUAUGCGGUGGUAGUUGGUCAGCUUCCCUUCGCUGAAGACGUCGCGGAGAUCUGCGUAUUGUCGUGGUACCUUCACGUUCUCCGUUACUUCAGUCCCUGCUAGGGUGGCUUGGGCCCCUGCCAAAACCUUUCCCUCUUUGCAGUGUUCUAAGCAAUGUGCUGACCCAAAAGAAACCACUCUUUGAUGCCAGCCCACCAGCGGAUCAUGUAACGCUAGCCAGCUCAUCCCCAAUAUAAUGGGAGCUCCUCCCAAGGUGGCCACAUUAAACGCUAUUAGUUCGGUGUGCCUUGCCACCUUCAUUAUCAUUGGGACGGUCUGCAAGCUGACUUCUCCUCCCAACAGCUCCCUGCCAUCGAUCGUGGUUACCUGCAGGGGUUGCUUAAAGGGAGCGUCUGUAUCUGGUGUUCAGCUGCAAACUCUUUGCUCAUGAAAUUGCAGGAGCUGCCUGAGUCCAACAGCGCCUUUAUCUUUAGAGGGUGUCCGUUUGGCAGCUCUAGUGUCACUUCUAUCACUAGGGCGGGUUUAGGAGGUUCUGGCGUGGGCACUUUCACUGCUCUUUGGCCUGGCUGCUGUGCCCCGACAAUGGCAGCCAGGCGUUGGCUUUUAGUUGCUCCGGUAUCUUUUCCUCUCUUCCCUCCACAGCUCCCACCAUCCCUUGCCAUUCCUUCCUCUGGGGGCAGACUCUGGCAAAGUGCCCUGGCUGUUGGCAGAGAUAGCAUUUCCGGGCGCCUUUUCCCUCCUUUUUUUCCCCCUCACUGGGCUUUGAAACUGCGCGCGCGCGCGCUGUUCCGAUUUCCAUCGGCUCUGCCGGCGGGAAAGUUGGCUCUGGAAUGUCUGGAAUGCGGAACUCCUUCCAACGUUCCCCUUUCCCUUCCCGCCUCUCCAAUGCUCUCGCCUCCUGGCGCGCUCCUAUGGCCAGCGCUGAUUUGGUCAGCUGGUCCAUAGACUCCGCCCUGGGCGCCCGGGAAAGUUCAUCUUUCACAGCCGAAGAAAGCCCUUCUUCAAAGAGCAUUUGAAUGGGUUCCGCCGAUAAGUCCCACCCCAAUCUGUGUAUCAGCAUGGUGAACUCAGUCCAGUACUCACGUACAGAUCGGCUCCCCUGUUUGCAAGCCAUUAACUGUCUGCGCACCACUCCCUUUUCAAUAUCGCUGGAAAACAUCAGAUCCAUGGCGCGAAAGAACUUCAUCGUGUCCUUUAGGACGUCACUAUGCGCUGCCAUCAGGGGUCUAACCCAGUCUCUCGCCCCUUUUCAAGAUGCCCAAUCACAAAAGCCACUCGUGAUUCCUCAUCAGGGAAAUCAUCAAACUGCAGAUUGAGGGCAUAUUGCAUUUCUGUCCGAAAGCUAUGAUAGUCUUUGGGCUCCCCCCCAAAUUUCUGCACCAAUCCUGGUACCUUUCUGGCGAGCUGGGUGGCUUUCUCCCUUUGUCUGCAUCUUGAGCCCUCCUCUCCUCCAGCCUCGCCGUCUGCAGCGCCAGCUGGACCUCCAACACCCGGUACCUUUCUUCCAGGCUUGGACCCGCUCCAGCCCCUGCUUCUCCGGUUCCUGCUGGGUUGCUCAUUAUGCCUUCUCCUGCACAAGCUGCGUUCAAAGACUGUCGGAAUGCUGUGAUGGGAAGAUGAGCUGCUUGUGCGUAAAAUCGUAUUCCCUCAGAGUUUGUUCAAGUCCACAAACCUCUGUCUGUGACUGAGCCCCUCUGACAUGGCUCCUCUAGUCACUAGAAGUUUCCGACAGUGGCUGCUUUCGUAAUCGCUUCCAACAUAAAAGCUCCUUAACGGAAACACGUCUUCUGGACUCUCUGCGUGACAGUUUCCGGCGAGGAGUGGGUGUCCCUACAGGAGGUCCGGAAACCUCACCACUGUUUUCGCUGGAAGUAUCUCUGAGCCAUCCCCCCAGCUCCCUUUCCCUCAGUUCAGCUUCUCUUCCCCUGCUGGUUUCCUCUUCAGCUGCUGAGUCUCUUCCAACCUGUCUGAGCCCUUUCACCUCCCUCAGUUCAGCUUCUCUCCCCUUGCUGGUUCCCUCUUCCGCUGCUGAGUCUCUUCCAACCUGUCUGAGUCCUUUCACCUCCCUUCCUUCCGAUGGCAGUUCCCUGACAAUGCCCAUGGGUGAUAUUUUUGCUAUGUAGGCAUCAUGCUACAAGCUUAUUAUCCAAGUCUAUCCUAUCAUACUGACUGUUAAUCAUAUCCCUAUUGGUUCUACCCUGUAUCAAGCAUGUAGAAUUACAAAAAUGUAGCUUGCUUGGCGGUUUCUGAAAGGCUGUUUGAACACACCAUGGUCUGCUUGUCUGCUCCCAUCUCUUCACAAUCCCACUCUUCCCCACUGAGGCAAGCGCAGUGACUUUCUGCCCUCUGGUGCACAAAGUGUAUUUGAUAAUGAUGUCAUUUCUGGUGCAGUAACACAGAGUUCUCCUAAUAUAUUUAUAUGUCUUGGGUCAGCUCAUGAUUGCAAUGAAAUGAAAUAAGUUUGACACGGUUAUCAACAAAGCAGUCUAAAGUGCUAAUCUUACUGAAUUGGGAAAGAACGGGGGACUGCCAACUGCUCACAGGAUCAGUCCAAAGUCUCACUCUGUUUUGGCAGGCUGUUCCAAUAAUUUCUAAACUAUAGCCAAUGAUGCACUCAUCCUUUAAUAGGUUAUGUAGUCUUCUAGUUGUCCAUGAAGAUCACUUAUAAAUUUUGAUAUUAUAAAUUAAAAUGAACUAAAUAACCAUGCAAAAAGAUACAUAGCUUUCUCAUUGCCAAUUUCAUGUAUGGGACAAUGUUAGUCUAUUAUAGCAAAAGCAGAAAAUAUUCAUGUGGCACUUUAAAAUGCAAUCCCAUUGACCUGAAUGGGAUCUUCAUGGAAUGUGCUAUAAUAUAUUUAUUGCAUACUUAAUGCAUGAAGUGUUAGUCUGAUCCCACAUAACAUGUCUAUCCUCUUUGGUAAUUUCUGUACCAUUGUUCAAAGGGAAGUGUCCAGGGAAAGUCCAGGGAAAGUGGAGGAGGAAACUGUGGUGGAAUUCCUUUCACCAAUCCUAACUUCCCAUUGUUGCAAAAUGUAAAUGGGGUGCACGUAAAGAUUGCAUUGCAUUAUGUCUACCAUCUGACCCAGCCAGACAUGCAGAACCUAGUGCAACUAGAAAUUGGUUCUGGCAAAAUUCUUGCACCGUAGCCCUGGAAAACAAUAUAACUGUUAGCACAUUGGGGCAAAAUAGGGAACUGUUGCCUGGGUAAUGUGUACAAACAUAUUCAUUCUCCCUGCCCAAUUCAGAGAGAGAACAGUGGAAAAGUUUUGUCUACCUUUUGUGACACCACCAUGAAUUUGAUCAGCUAUGUGAUGCAAGGACACCAUGUUCUCCUUGAGAUUCCUGAUUGUUUGGGAUCACACACUGGCGAAGAAAGACACCCUAAAAAUAGUGCUGAUGCCACCACUCCUUAUUCUUUGAUAGACAAGAAGUGUGUAAAAUCUCAGACUUAUAUAGUGUUAGGUCACAUCUUUAAAAACAACACAUACUUUUGUAUAAUAGGUAUAUGGAGGAGACACAAAGCAGGUCUUCUUGGUGGGUAAUGUACACAUUAAGAUUAAAGGCUUCCAUCCUUAGAUAAGUUCACACAAGAACCCUCACAGGCACAUGAUUGUCCUCAAAGCCUCUCUGAACAAUUGAGGGGGCCUCCUGAGCCAUGAGGGAUGGAGCACGACCCCCUCAACUUUCCAAAGCUGCAUUUUGAGGGGGAAAGGAUGGAACAAGAACCUUUCUUCCUGUGAACAUCCAUAAGACCAUGGGGUAGAAGAAAAGGAGACUGAAGUUGUUUUCUCUGCCUUAUCAAACACCCCCACUGAGCUCUCUCCCAGUAGGAUGAAAGCGAAGGUGGAGGCGUGUUUUGUGUACUUUUCCUGAUUUUUCUGAUGCUUCAUUUACACCAGCUCCUGGGCUGGCAUACAUUCCCUUAAACCCUUCUUUCUCAACGUUGUGUCCUCAGAUGUUGUUGGACUACAACUGCCAUCAUCCCUGACCACAGGUCUUGCUAGCUAGGGAUGAUGGGAACUUUAGUCCAACAACAUCUGGGAACCCAAGGUUCCCUUAAGUGUCUCUUCCAUGUGCCUAUUAUAUAUUGCUAAAAUGGUUUACUUUUGAUAAUGGAACCCAAAUACUAGAUGUGUUUUGUUGGCAUAUCUGCCUAGGGUGCUGUCUUGUUGCUCCCGUAAUGCCAGAUUUAUUAAAAUUGGCAUGUCUGUUGUUACAGAUUAGGUACACGCUGGUGCAAUGCAAGUUUUGGCACAGGCUAUAUAGUGUGUAUAUAUGAAAAGCACAAAUUCAACCCAGCUACAACCCUGUAGAAUAAUUUAUACUAUCUCAACCUUCACUAGUCUGAUAUCUUUUUCUUAGUGAUUUUAAAACAUAGCAGUGAAAAAGUGAAUUCCAGGUUGCCUCAUGUCUUCAAAAGGACAAAAGGUAGAAAGAAAAUAUUGUAUCAGCAAUUGCCUAUGCAUUUUUCAUAGUUAAAUGAAUUGUAACAUAGAACGAGUUAGUGGCCAUGGCAGAUAAUUAUAAUUAAAAUACAUAUUAAAUGAAUGAAUCUCAUUUCUGAAAAUCCAUUUUGACAUAGCAGUUGUUCCUUGUCAGUUCAAUGAGUUGCACUCAUGAGAUUUUACUCCUGGCUAGAAUCUGCAUGCUUCAAAUGAUAAUUUGUUUUACACACAGCUGGUUUUCAUCUGAAUGUAUACAAGGUGUGAUAAAAUAUAUGCAUCUGUGGUUCUCUCUCUGUAAGCUUCUUCUAUGGAUUUGUAAUAGGGUAAUAUUGCAUGAUAUUGUGCAUUGAGAAACACAGCAGUAAGGUUAUAUGCAUGAUAACACCAUUUUAGAGCUAAGGUUGCUUUCUAGAUAGUUAUUAAAAACUUCAAAUGCAAAAGAACACAGGAAUCCAAACUAAAACAGGAAACAUUUACACUAUACCUUUUUGCAUUGUUGUCAUCACUGCCCAGCUAAGCAUCAAAGGAAAACCUCAUGGAAGACAAACAAAUAGAUGGAAUAUUUCAGAACAUCUGCUCAAUUUUGAUGAAAUUAAUAAGGACUGAUUUCAUAGAUCAGCACAUUUAAUGGGGAUACUCUGAGCUUAAUUUGAGCCAGGAUGUCAGAAACUUUUCUUCCUACACUUUACACUGAUGAUGGUGAUGAUGGUGAUAAUAAUAAUAUUAAUAAGAAGAAUGAUAAAGAAGAAAAUGUCUUUUCUUCAUUUAGGAAAAUCUCAGGCAAAAUUUGAAAAUUUCACUUCAUAAUGGAAUCUUGAGAUUAAGCAAAUUUUAUGUUAUGACAGCAUCUUCUGUGUGCUUUGUUUUUAAUUCCUAGUUGGAUACACGAUGAACGAUCUCAUCUUUGAGUGGCAAGAAAAGGGGGCUGUCCAGGUGGCCGAUGGACUCACUUUGCCACAGUUUCUCUUGAAAGAAGAUAAAGAUUUAUGUUACUGCACCAAGCAUUACAACACAGGUAGAAGAAUCACGUAGUUUGUUGACAACUGAAAGUCCCGUUGUUUCUCUUUCCUGUUAGUCAUUAGGAGUAUUCAGCAAUGUACUCAAAACAAGUGAUGACAAAGCAGCACAAAUGGCUUGUGGAAAGCGAUGGGAUGUUGUCUGCUGAACAUUAUGGCUACCACCACCAAGUGGCAACCAAGGGGAUCAUAAUCUCAUAGGAAAAACAGUGACAGACUUUUGAAGUAGGAAAAAAGAAUCCAAAGUGUAGUUUUAUGAGCCCAUUUUACAUAUAGGAGCUUAAGAAAGGCAAGAGGGAAGCAGGGAAAGACACAAGGGAGCAGACGUACAUGGAGGUUUGGUUUUGGGUGAAAGCCAAAGAAGCUGGGGAAGAGGCAUGCAAUGAAACACAAAUGAAAUCAGGGAGAUUGUUGGAGUCUUCCAUUUUUCCUGUCAGAGCUCUUUUUAGACUCAGUGAAUCGAAGCCAACAAAUUCAUGUCUGAACAGAGAUUUGAACCUAAAUCUCACACAUUCUGGAACAUACUAUUUUAAAAAAAUUGUUGUACCUUGAAACCUUAGGGUGAAGGGCGGGUAAUUAAUAAUAAUAAUAAUACCACAUCUUUUCACCUGGGUCCUAAGUCUCAAUACCCAUUAUCCAUGGACUCUGAAAGAAAAGCAUAACAGGGAAGGAAUUUGGCAAUAUCCAGGGGAGAAAGAAAGUCAUGUGAGGGGUUGGAGAGUACAUAGUAAGCUUACAAUACUAAGAGGUGGUCUGAGGACUUUACAUCCAUUAAAAAAGAAAAAAAACUUUGUUAAAAGUAAGAGCUAGGGCAUGUAGCUACAAAGCCAUGUGCUUUCAAACCAGCCCUGGAAUAUCCCUGGAAAUUGUGCUACCUGAUAAUGUAGCAUUAUUUCUAGAAUAAAAAAAAGAUGGUCCCUCUGUGAACCCACCAAAAGUUCAGCAAGGUGGAAUGUUCAGAAUAACCCUAGCCUAUAUUUUAGCUUCUGGACAGAAAUAUAGUAGAGCUGGGUAGAUAGCAAAACAGAAAUUUAAUCACCUUUGUGUCAGCUGGCAGAGCUAUGCCUCUGCCUCUGUUGAUCAACCUGUGGAACAAACCAUAUGCCAAUCCCUGUAAUAAGAGUUCCUUGAUUAAAUAACAUGCAGAGGGGAAAAUGGAGAAUUAUUAACAAUGAUUUAAGUAAGCAGUUUCCCAAGUUUCUCUCUCUCUCUCUCUCUCUCUUUCUCUCUCUGUCUUUCUCUCUCUCUCCUGCAUUUAUCAUGAAUUUAAUUUUUGCUCUUUAUACUCCCUGUCUUCCCAAAUUAAUGUUCCAGUUUUCAUCAGGCCUUGUACAAAGCUCAAACUGGAUUCCUUAAUGCAGAAGCAGGUUAUGAUGAAGACAUUUGUAAUAUUGUGGGUUAACCUAUUUGCACAAGAAGCACUCCAAUUGACUUAGGUCAUAGCCUCACCACACAAUUAAAGUACUCUUACAUCACUUUAACAGUCAUGGCUUCCCUCAAAGACCAUUGGGAACUGUAGUUUGUUAAUGGUACUGGGAACUGUAGCACUGUGGGCUGUCUCCUAACAACUCUCAGCACUGUUAACAAGCUACAGUUCUCAGGAUUCUUUGGGGGAAGCCAUGGCUGUUAAGGUGGCUUUCAAAGUUGCGUAGUGACUGUGCAGUGUUAUUAUGAAAAGUCAGAGUAAUGUUACAAAUGAUUGAAUAACCCAAAGCCUGUGUUCUCCAGUACUCUUAAGAAACUCCUUGCUUGAUUAGAUGAAAAGUCUACCUAGUCCAGCAUUCUCUUCAUAACUGUUCUCUCUAGAACAGUAUCACCUGUUCUAGAAGUUCACAAUCAUGACCUGAAAGGCUACCCGCUGUUUGUCUCUGGCAUGUAACAUGAUUUAAGUAUAUUGUGAAUCAUAUGAAUGUAUUUUUUCCCCUAAAUAGAAAUGGAAAAGAGUAAGAAAAACCUGAAAAAAAUUAUAGAUUAGUCCAGGGGUCGGCAAAGUUUUUGUGGCUUGGGCCAGUUCCUGGUCCUGCAGACGUUGCGGUGGGCUGGAGUGCGCACGGAUGCACGCAUGCUCAAACGCUAUUUCUGGCACUCCUUCUGGCGUGGAGGCCCAUGGGCCUUAGGUUGCCAACCCCUGGAUUAGUCACUUUCAUCAACUGUUAUAAACAGAAAGCUAUUUUUUAAAAUUGCUGUAUCAUUGCUUUUCUUACCACUGAUUAAAAAACCCGCAGCUAAUUCCGCUAACAAUUUGUCUCUGUUGUAACUAGGCAAGUUUACAUGCAUUGAAGUUCGAUUCCACCUUGAAAGGCAGAUGGGCUAUUAUCUCAUUCAGAUGUACAUACCCAGCCUCCUAAUUGUCAUACUUUCCUGGGUGUCCUUUUGGAUCAAUAUGGAUGCGGCACCAGCAAGAGUGGCUUUAGGAAUAACAACAGUUCUCACCAUGACAACACAGAGUUCAGGGUCACGGGCUUCCCUGCCAAAGGUAUGCAAGCUCUUGGACUUUAUAUAUUUCUCUGUGUGUGUUUUGCUCCUCCUUGAACAUGGGGCUAUUUCCCCCCCCCCAUAUAUUGUGUGUUAGCCCUCCUAGUCUUAAAACAUGUGCGCUAGCAAGAUAUGUACAGUAUAGCACAGUUUAUGGAAGAACUGCAGUAGCAAAGGACAUUUUCACCUUGUAAAUUAACCUUAAACUGCUUUAAUCAUUUUCAACCAUGUCAAAUUCUCUGCUGGUAGUGGAAAUGUAGAUUCUCAUUGGAGAUUUUCCUUACUGUGCAGCAGGGCGUUUGUUUUAUAUUGCUCUACUCCCUUUUGUGCCACAUUCCCUCAGAACCUCUUAGGAUCAGUCAAUAGUGCUUUCUUGUGACAACUACUUUUGGAAGCAAAAGUACUUAAGACAGGCAGUUAUAUUAGACCCGCACAUGUGGAACUGUCCAGAGAUUUGCUGAGAUCCAAGCUGAGGGCUAGAGCUGAAGCUGUAGUUGCCAUGAUGCUGCUACCAAGAAUAGCUUCCCUGAGGCAAACAAUACCCGUUCCUGGUCAUAAUCUUUGUAAAUGCUCAUUGUUGUCUUAGCCCAUCAUCUUGUAAGUUUUGGGCUUUCUCCAGAUACCACCAAGAAUCCAGUGAGGGUGGAUUCACAAAUCAUGGGGUAUCUCAUGCUAUUGAUACUUGCAAACAUUAUAAUUGAAGAGAAAGUGUGUUUUCAGCAGAAUCUGGAUGGGGGGUGGCUAGUGUACCUUCAUAAACCUUGAAAGAUCUUUUCAGUGGGGCAAGAUUUGGGGAUUAAAGCUAAACCAUUUGUGUAGUGCACUUCAGCCUUUAUUUCAAUUAUAUGUGUAAAUCUCUAUAUAGCUGCACUUGAACGACUAAGCUAGGUAUGAUAAUAAAUCUAUGAUUACAAAACCUGCUGUUCAGAAGUAGUAUUGCAACUCUCUUGUGCAAUAGCCACUUGAUACCCAUUGCCAUAAAAUAGUGAAUAUAGUUGUAAGUAGUAGCUUUAUUUAUUUUUCUCCUGAACACAUUUUUGGCAGUUACAACACCCUGAUUUGUACAUACAGGUCUUACAAUUCCCUGUAGUUCACAGGGUGAUGGCAGACAUAAAGCAUCACUAGUGUGAGAUCUCUGUUAUUUGAUUUACUGUUUCAAGGUCAAAUUCCGUUUCCUUUCACUUUGAAGAAACCCUGAUGCUGACUUCAACAGAACAGUACAUCAAUAUAACUGAAACUAAAAAGUGCUCUGAAGUGUUGUACUGUUUGAAACUUUUACUACUAGAUGUUCAGUUCUGAGAAAGAAUUGGCCAGUGUCUCUGAAGAAAAGAAAUAGUCCACUUGGCUGUAUAGCGUAAUUUCUUUUGUCAUAAUGGAUGUGGUGAGGAACUGGGCUAAAAUACUGUGUUCAGCACCUAAAAGUGGAAUAUUUGCUGCUUCUUUAAAUAGCUCCAAAUGCUUCUAGAUAUGUACUACAUCCCAGCUAUUCAUAAGAGAAAAGUUAAAAUAUUUCUUUCUAACUCCAAAGCUUUUUUGAUGCAAAGCUAAAGUUAUGACUGUUUUGAAUAGCUGGGAUGCACUAUUUUGUAGUUAAAGGAUACUGUUGGAAGGGAGAGCAAUGACAACCUCUCGGUUUAUGGCCAAUGCCUCCCCCAAGACCCCUUUAACGGGGAAACCUGGUAUCACCGCCGCAAGGGGGGCACGGGUCACUGCUUCACACACACACACCCCAUGUAGGAAGAUAGACUAAAGGAUUCCGCCCAAGGCCUGAAACCACCAAAGUUGUGACAUUUUGCUACGGGAAAGGCAAAACCUGCCAAUUCAGGAAAAUUCCUUUCUGGCCCUUCAACAGCGACCCUGACAUUUAGCUUUUUAAAGUUGUUUUCCUGAAUAGGAAAGUGAAAAUUUCCUAUUUAGGCAAACAACUUUAAACAGCUAAAUGCCUGAUGUGAGCUCAUCUGCUCUUGAUUUUAGUAUGUGUAAGUGGAUGCAACAGGACUCUCCUCUUGUCCUUCCUGCAACCCUGCCCCCCCCAAUCUUCCACAGUGGGUUCCCGAACCCCACAAUGUAGAUUUCAGGGAUAGGUGGGUGCAGCGGAAAGAGAAGGGCAAGUGCUGUUACAUGAACAGAAGUCCAUUCCAAAAGCAGCUGGCAUCAUUGGAUCUUACCACCAGCUUAAAUCCUAAAAUAAGUUAAUUUGUGGAACUCUACCCAUCUAAGCUGGGAAUGGGAACCAUAUGAUGAUGUGGGGACAUGUGGAGCUCAAAGACAUAGCCAUAUCUAGAAUAAUAAUACAUUUUUGUUAGAUUCAAAAAUAUUCAGUGGGUGAGAUUGUGAGCAUUUGGGCUGAGGUUUUGUUCCUUCCAUACCAACAAUUGGGAGACACUGGCCUGCGAGCGCUCCAAUUGGAAAACAGCCUUUACCAAAGGUGUCAUGGGCUUUGAAGACACUCGAACUCAGGACGGUAGGGAGAAAUGUGCUAAGAGAAAGGCACGCUUGGCAAAUCCACACCGUGUUCAACUCCCGCCUGGAAACACAGUGUCCCCACUGUGGAAGGACGUGUAGCUCCAGAAUUGUCCUCCAUAGUCACUUACAGACUCACUGUUAAAACCGUAUUUAUGGAAGACAAUCUUACUCAGCUACGAAUUAUUGCCAAAGAAGAAAGAAGAAUGAUUUGCAAUGCUGUGUUAGCACAAUAGCUGGUAGGUUUCACCCUAUAUAUUUAUAUGUAAUGGCACAGGAAAUCUUAGGAUAGUGCUUUUAGUGUGAAGUGUUCAGGAAAUGUUACUUUUAUGGGAAAUAUAGAUUUGGCCUUUGCCCUUUCCCCCCGUAAAACUAGCUUUCUCUCUGGGCUUGGGGAAACACAUUUCUCUUUCCUUGACAUUAGGAGACACUGCACUUCCCAUCUGUGUUUCUAAUACCAGCAGUCUUAUACUCUGUGCUAUCUAUAGGUCUCGUACGUCAAGGCUAUUGACAUCUGGAUGGCUGUAUGCCUGCUUUUUGUAUUCUCGGCACUUCUGGAAUAUGCAGCUGUAAACUUUGUGUCAAGGCAGCAUAAAGAACUUUUGAGAUUCCACCGAAAGAGGAAGAAGAACAAGGUAAAUAUGACAGCCAUUGGUUAAAGAAAUACAGGCAGCAGAAAGGGCUGUCUGCUUUGUGACAAUGGUACAGUGUCUUAGGAGUGGCUGUACAAGUAACAUGUUAACACAGGAUAACAUUCUGUCUGCCUAAGGUCAGCACAAGGCCUGUGUAAUUCACAAAUCCCGCUGAAACCUUCAGAGAAAGGAUUAAAAAGGGAUUUAAGUGGGACAAGAGCCUUGUGGAAGCUUGCUGCACAGAGUUUAAUUUCACCCUCUGAGAAUAAUAGCAGAUUGCCCGUUCACGAUGGAAACUGAUGGUUUGAAAUGUGUUAAAAUAAUUUGCUACUAUGGUUCAGUGGAAGACCUUGAUAGAUGUAUUCACAUUUGUUUAAUCUACUUACUUAUAUAAGACUUGUUUUUGGUACUUUUGUAUUGGGGAGUGGCAAGAGAGGGAAUUAGACGUUGCAUGUAUUUAGCAGUUCGAUUCCACACUUACAGAGUCAAUAUGGAUUUAUCUAUUUAUCAUGACCUUUUUAAAAUGGGUUGUGCAGCAAGUUGAAGAUGAGCCCACAAAAUAACCAAAGGGGUUAGGAAUCUGAGCAGGGGUACAAGGACCCUGAGGACAUAGUUGCAUCAUAGGAAGGAAGGACACCUAUGACUGAUCCUCUGGAGAACAAGAAGGGGCUGGAAACUGCAGCAGGAAAUAAUAUAUGGAUGCAGACGGCCACCACAAAUCCAUAUCACAUUCUCUACAUCAGGGGUCUCCAAUCAUGUUUUUACUAGUGGGCACAUUUUGAAUUUGCUGCUGGUGCCUGUCACAAAAUGGCUGCCGUGGAGGGGGAAUGGCAUAAAGCAAAAUGUCUGCCACAAAGAGCAUGGCAUAACACAAAAUUAGAGAGACAACCACCCUAACAACUCUAUGCUUCUCAUGGGAAGUCAACUGUGUCCUGCUGGUCCUGAUUAUGGCGUCACACACAAACUGGUGCUGUUCCCGUCUAACAACAACAGGGAGCAUUCCUCAGUACCAGAGGGAAAAUGUAAGGUAACCAUACCACUCUCAUUUCACAUAAAUUGCUUAGAAGGUGCCUUCCCAUAACUUCAUCUCUGGGAGGGCUAGAAGCGUUCUAGGAAGGAAGGAAGGAAGGAAGGAAGGAAGGAAGGAAGGGAAACUCAUUGUGUAGCACUACUAGAAGACUUUGUGGGUGCCAUGACACCUGUGAGCACCAGGCUGGUGGCAUGCUCAAAGUAAAGCACUCUAGAUGUUGUAAGUGGAACAAAACAAUGCAAGAUGUUUAACACUCACCCCACACACAACUUAAUAGACAUCAACCAUUUUAUAAGUUGUAAUACAUUUUCAUUUCUUUUUUGCACCAAUAAAAAUAGAUGCAAAUGAGUAUCCAAGGACAAGAAGAGUGCCAAUGUGAUCCUAUAACCCAACAGCUCCUUAUGGGUGGUGACUAAUGUAACUCUCAUUGAGGGCUGGGCUGUAAAGUCCUCCUGUUUCAAAGCUGACAUUCGUCUUUCUUCCCAGAUAACAGCAGGAAUAAAAUUCAGUCACACGACACUGAGUCUUGACAAAUCUUAAAAUGUUUUAUCAUAUUAUAAAAUGACUGGUAUUCAUGGGACAAUGAGUUAACUCCAAUAUUCUUCUUGGUACCAAAUGCAACACAAAUUUAAAUACAUAAACAAAUGCACAGAUGUUUUAUAGGCUUACACAGUUAGAGGUGACCUAGAACUUAGAAGUAUUUAACAUUGCUAGCAGAUGAGCUCCAAUCAUCCAGAUUAUAAUGUGAUAGAAUCUGCAGAAGUGAGAAUCUGUAUCAUGCUGAAGCCCCUAUGGAACAAAAAUGAAUUUUAGUGAACACGGGCAAAUAGUUGGUUCCAUUUCAGUUUGUAAGAGGAAUGGAUUUUCUCAUUGGUAAAUUGGAACAUGUAAUUGGAUUUCAUUAACAACCUGCAAUAUCCUUCUUUGCUUCUUCCUUUUGAUCUCAGAUAAUUAUACAGCUUAGUUUCUAAUUUUUUAUCCAUCUGACAGUGGUUAAACAGUCACUAGUUUUCUAGUUUAGGACUUUUAAUUUUCUUUUUCUUUUUAAUCUGCAGUCAGGUUAAAAGAAAAAAGAAAAAACUUGGCCAGUUGGAUUUUAUCUAACCAGGAGAUGAGCAGAGAUCAAGAAAUAAAAAUUUUCCAUAGGGCUCUAUCCAACUAAGGUUUACUCAGUGUCAAUCCAUUGAAUUUUUUUGGUAUUAAUUCAUUUAAGUCCAUUGAUUUCAUGGGGUCUAGUAUGAAUAUGACUUAGUUGGAUACAACCAUAAGGUAUCUGUUGCGUUCUACAUUUAUUUCCUUUCAUGAACAUUAGAAGCAUGCUGUGUAAAUUGAUCAAAGAAAUGUGCUGCUUAACACAGUACAGUCGUACCUUGGUUCUCGAAUGGCUUAGUUGCCAAACAAAUUGGCUCCCGAAUGUCGCAAACCUGGAAGUAACUCCUCUGGUUUGUGAACAUUUUUCGGAAGCCGAACAUCCAACACGGCUUCCGCUUAAGUACCGGAAGCUCCUGCAGCCAAUCGGUAGCUGCGCCUUGGUUUUUGAACAGUUUUGGGAGUCGAACAGACUCCCAGAAUGAAUUAAGUUUGAGAACCAAGGUACCACUGUAUUCCAUUUCUGACAUAGCAAUAUUAAAUACUAUAUGGGAAUGUGGUCAGAAUAAUGAAACUGCUAUUCAAUAAUCAUAUGCCAUCCACUCAGAGUUUCUCACAUAUAGAUAGCUAUUUUAUACACUAUCAGGCCAAUGAUCUAGAAACCUGUUAAUGAUUUUGGAAUCUGACUUCAACAUUCCAGAAUUGAGAAUGAAUGAUUGGUUGGAUUGUCCCUUGGUGAGAUGAUUAUUGACAUUUAAUUGUUACAUUCCUUCCUGAUUAGAGAACCAUUGUUAGCUAAAUUCCCCUCCUUUGCUUUGCUGAAUAAUGCUUUGUCCAUAUAAUCUGUAGACUGCAAAUGCUGUAUGCAUGAUACAGCAUGGAACAAAUACCGGUAUGUAUAUUUGCACAGAGGUACAUUUGAUUUCCAUAAUUCUUCCACUUUUUGGAAGGAUUCUUUUUGCAGUCAAACCUGUGUUCAUAUGGAUGUAGAUGUGUACGUCCCACCUUCCUUACAGUCUAUAUGCAAUGGGAAAUGCAUAGGAGCACAGUCUCUCAUCACACACACAACGUUUUGAGACUGCAGGAAUUAGUGCUGAAACAGUCUCCUGGUUAGAGGUUUCUGGUUGAAUAUCCAGGUCAACAAAGUGUAGUAGACUGAAAAAGUGAAAUGAUCAGAGCUACAGUGCUGGACCAGUCUCUGUUCUAGGACAAGAUGUAGAAAAUACUCCCCCUUUUUCAACCCUUCCAGUGUCAAAUUCACCACAGUUCCUCCUAUUAGUUCUUGGAGUGAAGUUGUGAUCAGCCAACCACAGAUACGUAAAUAUUUUGUGAGAUUUCAUUUAGGUUUUCCUUUUUUAUUAUUAUUCUUGUCAAGCAUUCAUUUAAUGGAAUCACUUCAUGUAUCACUUCAAUUUAUGUCAUUCAAACAUGCUUUUGGUGUUACUUAUUUUUCCUAGUGAGCUAUAUAACUGAGGGAGAAAACAAGUGGCUUGACCUUUUCCCAAAACAACACCAGCUCCGGAGAGCUUCUAGUUGAAAAAAUGCCCACAUGAGAAAUUAGGCCUGGGGAGGGGAGCCCACCAGCCCACAAAUGCCACCAAUUAUCUUCUUAUUCUUUUGUUUUUUAAACUAAAAUCUGGAGAUUAUUCCUGCUAUAGGCAGUCGAGCAAAUAGCCACUUACAGCCUCCAACUAACACAAGAAAUAGCAAAAAAUUAAAUGUUAAAUAGUAAAUUCUGUAUUAUGUGCAGAUUAUUAAAUAACAGAUCGUUUGAUAAUGACAGGUAUCAGGUGCCAAGUAUCAAAUAUUGCUCAAUGAGAAAUAAUACGUGGGAAAAUAUGGUAAACCAGCAGUCCUAACAGACAAUGUGUCGAACACUGCAUACUGAUGCAUAUAAAAUAUCACAUGUCAAAGAUCAGAUACUUUUGGAUGAGCACUGAAUAUUAGAUAUUGAAAAGUCAAUUGAUGCUUAACCUUGAAAUCUGCACCAGAUAGUUCCAGGGUUGAGCUGCAGUUGCAAAUUGACUUCAGCUGCUCUGUUUAGAAUACUCAGAAGCUAAUACUACAAACAAGUAAAUUCAUGGACAGGUUUCCGCACUACCUGCUGAAAUCAUCAUUACAGCAAAGAGAGAGGUUGUGGCCCUCACACUUUAUGGCAUGUUCUACAGCCACGGCACACGCAUGGGAAAACUGAUGUGGAUUGGAACUUGCCACAACUUUUGACAUAGUAUAGGCAAGUAUCCUGACAAAACAAGCAGACAACAUCUGCUGUCCUAUGUCUCCCCUAGUCCACAUGGUGGGCAAACCAUAGACCCCUCAGAAGCCUGGAUGUGGGGCAGCUCAGCCCCUCAGGCAUAUUCUGAUGCUGUAGUGAGACACUCCCAAGACCCCUUAUGAGGUGGGUCCCCCUUUCAAUAUGUUAUGAAUCCCAACCAAAUAAUAAUUGUGACAAUAAAUAUUUUUAAAAAACAAAAACAAAAAACAACCUCAUAGCUUCUUGGCCAGUUGUAGCUGCAAGUAACAUUCCUUCCUAAGCCUAAUAACCAGUGAUGAACCAAAGCCCGUAGCAACGAUGCCCAUUAUCUGAAAGAAGGUAGGUAGGAAACAUGACCAGUACCCAAAUUUAUAAUCUAGGAACAGGCCUGUGGAAACAGGUUAUCCCUCAGAUCUGCUUGCCCAGCUCUACCCUCUGGACUUCCAAUUGGCUUCUAUGAGCAGGACCGGCCUGGACCUCAAGGGAGGUUCUGAGGGGGAGGAAGUGGCUCCCUUCCAUCAUGCCACAUGGGCAUUGCACAAAGUGGGCUCCCCACAUAACGAUGGGGAGCUGCACCUUCUGAAAUAUUUUUGAGAAGAGAGAACAUCACAUCUAUGAGGGGUAUCAGUAAUACAAGCAUGGAAAACAUACAGCAGCUGAUUUAAAAAAUAGUGAUUGCAACUGGAAACUUUUGGAAGAGGCGUUGGGAAAUUGUGUACUUAUAUUUUGAAGAUUCUGCAGUCAUCUGUGUAAGUUGGGGUUUUGCCUUUGCAUGAAUCAGUAUCACUAAAUUCAUGAACUGGAUCUAAAGAUAUUUAGGAUGAAUGCAUCUAAAAUUCACACCCAUUUUGCCCUUUAAAAAGCACUUACAGGGGUUGCAGAGAGUAAGUUGGAGGUGUAUCAUAAAUAAAUGAUACAUAUGGAUAUUGCUUUGCUUGUUGGCAUUUCCACUUUAAAAGAAGCAAGCAUGCAUACUAAUUUUGUGCUUGUGUUGAAGGAAAUAUAGUGUUACAUCUAAGGCUACAUUUUACUAGUCUUUAUUUACUUUUCAACUUUUCUUCAACCUUUUAACCCAAGUUCUAAAUGCCAUACUACUUGUAGACUAGGUUGAUUAUAUGUUUUUUUCACUAAUAAUCAUUUUCUUUUUUCCCUUUUAUUUUCUUUUGUUGUCUUUGUGGUCUGCCUUCCAUUUUGAUGAAAGUUUUAUGAGGGAGUGCUUGAUGGAAAUGAAAUCAAUGAAUCAUUGCGGCGUAGCAAUGGCUUGAGAAGUACAGAAUUCAUAGACGGGACUUUGCCUCAAAUCUACAAUAUAAAUUUAAGGGUAAACUAUGUAGAAGAUGUCCCAUUUGUCCUAACAUGCUACCCAGUCAUUAACAAAGGCCCAGUCCAUUUGUCUGAACUAAUGUCUUUCCAUGUGGACUCUGUGAACUUCCAUUACUACUUCUGUGUGAUGAUACAUAUUGUUACUAGAGAGGUUCAGCCUCCCUUCACCAUGGAAAUAAAAUUUGUGGUGGUUAAUUUUGAGCUCGUAACAUAGAAUUCACAUCUGAUUUUCUUUCUCCUCAAAACAUGGUUUAGAAAUUAAUACAUCUAAAUAUGGUACACCUAAAUACUUCCACAAAAACAAUAUAAAUAUUAAGAAACAAUUAAGGUUUCCUAUACUGAGGCAAUGUUAAAGCAUUGCCAGGAUCUGAGAGACCUUCAGUAGAUAAGCAAAUAAGUCAGUGAUAGGGUGCCCCUUGUGCCCAGGGUCCAGAAGAAGCAACCUCUCACCAUUUACUAAUGCAGCUCCAGAUCUACUUCUUUGAAAGGAGCAUGAAUAUGCUUCGCACAUGACCACUGUGAAAUGAUCUAAUAUUGUCUGCUUCACUCCUACUGUGUCUUUGUAAAGAAGCAUAUGCAUUUCUCAAAAGCUACUGGAGACGGUGGGAUAGGUUCUGGAAGCUUCAACGAUUCAGCCACGCAACUGAGUGUCAGGUGCAUUCCAUAAUCUUAAAUGUACUCAAGUGGGCACUUCAUGAGGGCCCUACACCAGAGUAAGCUUAAGGGGCCUGGUAUAAAGUACAUCUGUGGUAUGUGAGACCUUAUAGUUUUGGUCAGUCAAGGAGAACAGGAGACAGUGCAGCAGAAAUCAGGUACAAUCCUUAAUAUCACAACAAUUCAAAAAGACGUGGUGUAGAGAGGUGAUGGAUUGAAUAUUUGUAAAUGUUUCUAAGUGGUAUGUUUAAGUAGGUCCUCUUGCUAUAAAAAUUAAUCAGAUUAUUAUUUUUAUCUGAGAAAGGCCCAGUUCACAUGAGUGAGUGUGUGUGUGUGUGUGUGUGUGUGUGUGUGUUACAAAGGUAAUACUAGCUUCAGAAUAUUCUCAAUCUGCUACAACUGAUUGUGGGCAUCUCCAUCAAUGCGUAUAGGCUGAGAGUCUUGUUGGCCCUCAUGGCCAUGUGCCAUAUGAAAGGCUACCACAUGCAUGUGGCAAGAUCUAGCAGCCAUUUGACAGCCAUUUAGAAAUCAUUCUGUCAUUUUACCAGAUGCCACUACAAAUCCAAAAUCUAAUUUGGGUGGGAUUAAAUUUCCCCAAAACGUUUCUAGAAAAGAAUCUGGUAGUUCAAUCCAUCUCUCUGUCACUAAAAAUGGCAGACAGGUGUGACCAUACUGUGGCAGCACAAUGUUAGUAAUAGUAAAAGGAUUGCAAUUGCAUUAUUUGCAGGCAAUAAGAGAAUGCUGAAUUAUGAAUAAUAUGGAAAAAAAAAUAUUGAAUGUGACUUCAUUCCGUUGAAUGAUGCAGGAUACAUAGACAGGUUGAAAUGAUAAUAUAAUACAUUGCUAGGGGUUUAAAAUGGGUUCCAUAUUAGUAGAAUCUACAUGCCUGAUAUUUGCUGACCAUGUAUAUCAAGCUUUAUAUAUAAUUGCCUAGGGUUAACUAUAAUGAAGAAGUUAUAUUUCACAGUAUUUGAAGUAAAAACAAGAUUUUUUUAUUAUUUUGAAUCAUGUCAUACCAUUCAUGUCCUAUUUUCAUUUUGUAUCUUUGUUAUUCUUCAUUUGUUAGCAAUCCACAGCUUAUUUAUUUCCUUGUUGUGUUCAAUCUUCAUUUAUUUUUGUUUAUCAGGGGUGGGGAGGCAGCCAUACCUGCAGGAAAGCCAAUGUAGACUUUCAUGUUAAAAAGAGCUCUCUUUGGAUACCAGUUAAUGUUUUCAGUUCAUCCUGUUUGUGAGUUCUUCUGGAUACACCUGCAGACUUUGAAAGCAAUUUCCUCUUUAUUGUUGCACUGAUUUCACUAUUUCGCAGUGAACAUUUUUAAUCAAGCUCAGCUGCAGACUAAGUACAUAGUCUAGAGAAAGUUAGGAGCGCGGAAGUCUCCUAGAAACAAUAAUCCCUUGUCAUGGAACUCUAUGUCAUGUUUCCUCUAGAAGGUACUGUAUGGAAAUAAUGCAUCUGUAUUUCUUGAUAAAAUAAUUGUGUAUUGCCUUCUUUUGUUUUUAAGACCCUUUAAAAUCAAUCAAUGAUGUAAUAAUUUUAAUGGCAAUCUUUACCCAUCAUUUGGCAUAAUCACACAUCACCUUUUAAUGUGAUAAAGUUACCAACAGGUAACUCUUUCAAUCUCAUUUUGUAUGAAUAUGGUCUCACAUUAAGGAAACUAGUAUUUAACACACUGGGCAAAGGAUUUUUUUUUUAAACAAAUGUUCCCUUGGAGGGCAAAGCACCACAUCUCACCACAUGAGGGAGUGCCUUGAAAUGGAAUAUUCAACAUACUAAAAUGCCAUAGCAAAAAUCUUCACGUGACAUUAUCUUGGCAGAGUUAAUCUGGAAGCUGUCCAGUACUGAGCAGUACUAAAGUCAGGAAUCUUCUGGUUUUGAGGCCCACCCCCCAGUCUGCCAACAGUUGCUCUGCUGCAUGCAAGCUGUCCCUUGCUCAAAAGGGGAGGAAGAAAACACAGAACAAGAUGAUUCAGAAACUCUCUCUCUCUCUCUCUCUCUCUCUCUCUCACACACACACACACACACACACACACACACACUGAUACCUAGCUAUGUUCACAUCCUGUUCUUGGGAGGUCUUGCCAGCAAAGCCUUCCAGCCAGUGACGAAGCUGCAUGCUCCACUACCGGGGGAGGAGAGCAGGCGGGGGCGUGAUGGUGCCCUGGGGGUGUGGCGCACAUCCUGGAGGUGUGGCAUGCCACCCAUGGGGACAUGACAUGUGUUCUGGGGGUGUGACACGCCACCUGUGGGGGUGUGGCACCCGGCACAUGGGGGUGUGCGGCACGUGUCUGGGGAGGUGCUGCGAUGGCACCCUACCAGAAUAUAGGUCUGGGGGAGGUCUGCUCCCUCUGCACCCCCGUUCCUCCGCCAGUGCUUCCAGCCAGUGGAGCCUUCCAGCAGCCAACUAGGGGGGCUUCUGAUGGAGUUGUUUCCACUCCAUUGGCAAGCUGGCAUUUCCCUUUCUCUGGGGAUGGGUACCAUCAAAUGUAAGGAGGAUAGGUACAAGGAAGUUUCUACCAAGACAGCCUUUACAGUUUUAGGGUGGUUUUAAAGGGGGUUUUUCUUUUCCCAGGUUAUUUUUAUUUAUUUAUAUAUGUAUAUACCACUACAUCUGACAAACUAUAUCAACGUGUUUUAGAACAAUAAAACAUAAAACCAUACAAUAAAAAACAUAGAAAGGUUAAAAAAAAGACAUUAACCAAUUAACCAUUGUGGAAGUACGCAUUCUUAAUUGCCUGCAUAGUCCUGGUGGAAUAAAAAGUUUUCAGCCAGCACUCAAAAGAUAGCACAGAAAGUGCUUGCUUGUUGUGUGUUGUUGUCCAAUAACCCUCACCAACUUUUGUUGUUUUGUAGACAGUUGGUAUGAAAGCAGUAUAUGUCAAAGAGGUGCUUCUAGGUUUUCAAAAAUGCUAGAUUUCAAAAGCAAAGGUGCAACAUUUUUUGUGUUGGGUUCCUUUGAAACCACUUGGGAGGGUUGGAGAACUAAAUGAAGAAAAGGAUUUACUUACCUUCCUGUGGUUUGGGCAGAGUUAUGUAUGAAAAUAGCAAAUGUUGUAGAAAUGCCUACAGAUCAGUAACCGGUAACGUUUCAGGAGAAUUAAUUGGUGCAGGGGAUAAGGACUUGUGAUCAAUAAAAGCAGUUUGUGGGUUUUGCGGGGAAAUUUAUGCUCAGUUGAGAACAGUCAGUUCCUUCUUUUUCAUCACUCCUAAUGUAGAAAAGUUAUUCCCUCUUUGGAAGGUAGAUCUGUCAGAAAGAAAACUAAAGUCCCCUUCCUGACCUUAUGCAAAAAAAAGAUCUUUGCAUUAGACACUUGAAAUUUCAAAGAGACCAACAAUCUGAGUCUAUUUGAUGCUUCAGGAGCAGCUCAGUUCAAAGGAGACCCACUUUGCCUUGGAAGAUCCCCAAAUCUCUCUGAAUCUUCCUGAUUCAAUCCAAAAUUCGGUAUCCAUCUGAACCAAGUACAGUGGUACCUCGGGUUACAAACACCUCGGGUUACAAACACUUCAGGUUACAAACUCCGCUAACCCAGAAGUAGUACCUCGGGUUACAAACUUUGCCCCAGGAUGAGAACGGAAAUUGUGCAGCGGCAGUGGGAGGCCCCAUUAGCAAAAGCGUGCCUCAGGUUAAGAACGGUUUCAAGUUACGAACGGACCUCCGGAACAAAUUAAGUCCAUAACCCGAGGUACCACUGUACACACUUGUAAUGGUCAUCUGGGCCAUUAACUAUUAUUGCAUGUAUCCUGGUAACAGCCCAGUUCUAGCCCAGGAUCACAAGUUAACAUAGUUAUUAUGAGAGGUGUGAUUAUUAUAUACUGUCCUCCACUGCAGAAGCAACUGAAAGCUACAACUAUCCAGCUACAGCCAGGGCCUUUUUUUUUCCCAGCUGAAACUUGCCAGAACUCAGUUCUGGCACUUCUCAGGUGAGUGCCACUGCCUUGUUCUUUAACAGAACAAGGGAGGUGUUUGUGGUGAAUUCCGGCACUUCUUUUUCUAGAAAAAUAGCACCUGCUACAGCUAACAAGAUCAUCUAUAGGCAGAUGUAAGAUAACCAUCCUAAGAAACAUAAUACUCAGUGACAGGCAGGAACAGAUAUUGGAUUUUAAAAUUUCUCACAUGGGCAGAUGUCAAAAGCCCUAUGCAGAUAUGUAGAUUUAAUUGUUUUAGUGAAUACAGAAAGGAGAGCAUACUGCUCCACAACCCCUGCAAUUGACUUCCCACAUUGGACAGGAAGGUCAGAAGGGGUUUCUGUUAGUGUGUCCAGAUGAAUGUUAAUUCACCAGAUUGCAGAAAAGAUGUUCAACUGGCCAUGCUUACAAUCUCCAUUCAGACAAUUUCAUUCAAUGCAAGAAGCUUGAAGGAGUUGAUGGAACCAGGAUUCAUGCUUCAUAGAUGAAAUAACCAACGAGUACUUUAGAAUUAAGGGAUGCGGGUGGUGCUGUGGGUUAAACCACAGAGCCUAGGACUUGCCAAUCAGAAGGUCGGUGGUUCGAAUCCCCGCAAUGGGGUGAGCUCCCGUUGCUUGGUCCCUGCUCCUGUCAACCUAGCAGUUCCAAAGCACAUCAAAGUGCAAGUAGAUAAAUAGGUACCGCUCCGGCCGGCGGGAAGGUAAAUGGUGUUUCUGUGUGCUGCUCUGGUUCGCCAGAAGAGGCUUAGUCAUGCUGACCGCAUGACCUGGAAGCUGUACGCCGGCUUCCUCGGCCAAUAAAGUGAGAUGAGCGCCCCAACCCCAGAGUCGGCCACGACUGGACCUAAUGGUCAGGGGUCCCUUUACCUUACUUUAGAAUUAUUGAAUUGUGACUCAAAUAGAAAUCAAAUUGCAGCCAGCACAGCAGUAGUUGGGCUACUGGUAUUACUGCAUUUGCAGCAGCUGAUUAUAUUGUGGGCGGGGAGGAUAUAGAGCGAUAGUUUUAAUAUUUUUUUGAAUAGUGAUAUAAAGGGUCUCGAAGAUUUCAGUUGUUAGAAUUUCCAGGUGAAACCUUUUCCUGUUUAUUUAUUUUUACAGGAUGAAGAUUCAAGAGAAAAUCGGUUCAGUUUUACAGGCUAUGGAAUGGGGCCACCAUGUAUACAAGCAAAAGAUGGAGUGGUUCCAAAAGCACCAAACAAUCCAGUUCAACCUGCACCAAAAAGCCCUGAAGACAUGAGGAAGGUAUUCAUUGAUCGGGCCAAGAAAAUUGACACCAUCUCCCGAGCCUGUUUCCCACUAGCCUUUCUGAUAUUCAACAUUUUUUACUGGGUCAUCUACAAAAUCGUUCGGCACGAGGACAUUCACCAAAAACAAGAUUAAGGUUUCCAGUGCUUAACGGUUCUGGUUCUCUAUUACUAUGGUACAAAUACCGAUUGGCUCAUAAAGGGCGUGGAGGGAAAAAAUCACAUUUGACUUGCUAUGCAAAGUCACAAAAGGAUAGAAGAGUGGAAUCCGAAGAAGCUACAGUAUCUGCUGCAACAGUGAUUCAACUUCUUAUUAGCUAAAAGUAGCCAGCUUUUGCAAAGAAAAACCACAACCUUCUAAAUUAAAACUCUACUGCCAAUGUAUUUAUAGAUGCUGUUCCAUAAUGGUAUAGUAUUUUCUGACGUUUCUUGCAGCAAAGUGCCAUAUUAACAGAAAUGCUAUUCCACUUUAAAGUUUCCUUUAAACUUUAUAAGUCAAGAUUUGCCAUGGGGGGGGGUGCUUAAAAAAAGAAGUUUCCCUUUAAGUGACGAAGCACAUUUUCUCAAUUUAAAGACACUGCCAAUGUCUUUUAUAAUAAACACCGAGCAUACAUUAGGCUGCACAUUAAAGAGAGAAAUCUCAUAUAAAAUACUUCAUAAUGACACAAUCCACUUACUCUGUGAAAUGCUGCUGGUGUUUUUGGUGAGGCUUCAGUUCUGCACUGGAAUAAGCAGUUUGUUGAUUGCUGGCCGUUUUAUAAAAAGAAAAAGUAUGCCUUGGCGAAAUUUCUCUGUGCAUUCAAGGCAGGAAACUGUCUAAUCACAUCCUUUACCAGUACACAGAGUAUGACUCAGCAGGCUAGACCUUCUGUUGAGGAAACAGAUCACUUGCUUCUGGUAUUUACUCUAAAAUGUAACAUAGAUUCUACAUGAUAGGAUGUGAGGUCAGAUAUUCUGAGUCACUCAAAUGAGUAUUGUCACCUCCAGGGCCCUAGAGGGGGAGAGGAUUUUGUUCCAUGAAGGUUAAAUAUGCUUAAAGCUAUUGAAAUUAUGGGGCAGUGGUGCAUAUUUGAUUCUGUAAUAUACACAUAAUAUACACUAGGAAGUUAGUGUCAUUGAAAUCAGUUCAACUUACUUCCAGGUAAACAUGAUGAAAAUCAUAUGUAGCACCCAUUUAUUUUAACUGACUUUACAUACAUAUGUGCUGAACAACGUCAAAAGAAGUGCUAGAACAAAAUUGGGGGAAACGAAAACCUUCCUAUGAAGAUACCGGAUAGCCAACUAUGGCAUUCUACUUGUGCAACUGACUGUCACUUGCACAAAUAGGAAUUGCUCUUGUUCCCUUCCCUCCCAAUUCCACCCACCCACAUUUCCCAAUAUCUGCUCUGCAUAGUUGAGAAACCCUGAUUGGGCGUAGUUUGCAGGGCCCCAGUGUGAAUGGUGGAAGUAAAAUCUAGCACACCUCCUGGUGUGGUGUUUCAUCUUGAUAUUUAAAUUAAGGAAAUUUAUUUCCUUUUUCUAGAAUUGCACAGUCCUUUAAAUUAAUUCUCUCAAUAAUUAUAUAUUAUGUUAUAGGCUUAAAAGAAAAUAUAGAAUAGAACUUUGCACCUAGAAGCUGUUUUUUGUUUCUUCUGACAGUUCUCAUCAGCAAAGACAGAAUAUAUUUGCUCUACAGCUUAUCUAAUGCAGUGGAAUGCUAUAUGUUCUGAAAGUGUGCCAACAGAAAAACCACAAGAGUUUAUUGUUGAACACCAGAGAGGGGAGAGAAAACAUGCUGCUUUGAAGGAUAAAGAAAAUCAAAGCUGAAGUUUUACUUUGAUUUUUAAAUAAGAACAAAUGUGAUACAGGACUAUUUCCGUAAUGUGUCUGUUAUAGAAAUAUUUACUAAGAUGACUUU